AUGUCUCUAGCUGAUGAACUUCUCGCGGAUCUCGAUAAUGCGGAGCCCGUGGAAGACGAAGAGGAUAAUCCUUUUAUUACGGCCAUAGAGGCUGACGAGAUGAACGUCGAUGCGGGGACCAACCAAAAUUUUCCCUCAAAGAUCGAUCUUAAGGAGGAUCUGACUGGCCCCCUUAAGCCACAUAAAUUACUCAAUACUCUGAUACCAACUGCUCCAAUAAGCAAAUUUGCGAAGCUGAGAGAUAGUGAUAAAGUGAGUAUUUUGUCCUGCUUGUGCAUUUUCAUUAACAAUCAGGAUCUAUCUUUUUGUACCAAUCCUUGACCGCAUAUUUGGCCUUUUUCAUUUUUUUUCUAGCUUACUGCUGUAAUGCGGCAGAUAGAUAUUUUCUCAAAGCAACCAAAACGAGAGUGCGUUUCCGGCCCAGUUGAGGCCGACCCUGAGUACCUUUGUAUCGUGCAGUCCAAUGAUCUGAUAGUUGAAAUCGACAACGAAAUAAGUGAGUUCAUUCUGGUCGAUGACAAAGCUUUCCUUUAGACAUAAUUCACAAGUAUACGCGGGAUAUUUACCAACACCGGUUUCCCGAACUGGAAUCUCUUGUUUCUCAGCCGAUGGACUAUAUGAAAAUCGUGCUGGUAAGCUCACAUUUUUCUUCUUGGCAAAGGUGCCACUUGGCCGUGUCAACGUAAUUUCAUUCCAUUUGACCUGUCACUGCCAUGAGCAGUGUUGCUUUGACCGGUCACAAUGUUCACAACCAGCGUAGCCCGUAAUCUGCAGUUCUUACCCAUUCACUGCUCUAGAACUGGACACCCAAGGCUUUUUGGCCCAGCCUUUUUCUCCGGGUCUAACCUUCCUUUGUUCGACACGUAGCAGGAGACUGCCCCUCUGGCUGGCAGAAUCAGCAAUCGAGCCACCUCAGACGGGGACAUCUCAUGUCCCACCCAUAUAAGAUGUCCGCAGUCGGCCGUGAAUGCAGUAACCUGUGUACCAUGGUCGUUUGAAAGACGGCUGCAGUAGAGAUAUGAGAUCCUACGCACUCCUCACUCUUGUGUCGGAAUUCCUACGUGAGAUCUUCGUGUUGUGACGUAAAUCGUGUGCCCUGCAUCUUGCUAGGGUUUCAAUGUCUUCGAGAGUUCGCGUUUCAGUUAACAGCUUUCUUAGUCGGAAGAUGCCAGGCCAGAUACUUCAAAAUUGACCAACUAGGGGAGGCUUACAUAUAUUGUUUCAGGGCUUGUGUUACCAGCUUUUGAACUUGCAAUUUGACAGGCACGGGAAUAGGGACCCCUCCCCCCUCCCAUGCUACAGGUGGCCUCGCGCUUAAUUCCAAGGGGAACCUAUCCCCGCUUCCUACCUUUAAAUCUAGCACUAACCCGGACCCCCCAAACCCUAACAUCCUGGAAUCUAGGACAAGGCCACUCGCAAUACCGGGAAUGAGUAUUCCCGUGUCCAACCUUGAAACUUGUACCGAAAGAAAACGUCUGGCAAUUGAAAGCUAAUUUCGUGGACACUAUCCCGUACCUAACCCUUCCCGUUGUUCAAGUUUCGCCGUUAACUAAAAAAUUUAAACGCCCUACUAGAGACUGUGAAUGUUGUUACCUGUGGACCUGAAAAGGAUUCGAGCCGAAGUCCUCGGUGCUAAAACCCACUUGAUUAAAACAUGGUUAAGACACUGAUGCUGGCAGAUUUUAUUGCGUAGUCGCGAAGAAAUAAGUCUUUGUAGGAGCCCAUCAGCAAAAAUUUGAUAUCCUUACAGGAAGUUAAGUGCAGAGAUGAGGUAAGGGUUCUACCUAUCAAGCCUGUAGACCCAGGUCUUCAUGAUUUAUAUGGGUUUCCGAAAAGCUAUAAAACGGACGUGCCACUACGACUUAUGUUGUCAAUUGUGACUCCUCCCAGUAGUUGCUAAUUAAGCAAGUUGACCCGCUCCUUCGUACUUUGCCACAUCUACGGUUAAAGGGACGUUUGCUUUCGUAGGCGGCAUUUCAGAUAUGAGUAUGGGAAGGAGGCAUAUAUCUUUGCUAGAUUGACGUCACCUGUUCACCUGAGUUCGGCAGCCUGGAACUGUCCAGAUUGCAUGUGGACUCAUGUCUGAAGUGCCUUUUGGCUGAGAAAGUUGUGCGAGCUGUUAGUCUUGCAGGCAAAUCGUCCGACUCCUUUUAAAUGAAUAGCUAUGCUGCUAGACGGACAGUCUAUUAGACCCAGACAUAGCUGACAUCAAGUUUCAAGUGGAAAGUGCUACGACGUGCGACUUAAACUAUAAGGAAAACAUGUUAAGUCGAAAUUUUAUUAGCGGAUAGUUUAAGACAUGGUGGUCCCCCAGUCGCCUAACGAACAAGUUGUAUUCGUCGUUUUUACGAAUGUGCAAAAAGAAUGCCAUUAGUUCUACUAAAUGUACUACUGCAUAGAUGAGUGAAUGAUUCUACUCUGGAGUUGAUUUGUGGAAAGAAUGGUUUGAAAGAACCGCAAAUUCACUCUGCAAGUUUAGGUCAAUUUUGGUGAGGGAGCAACUUACUGUUAUGCGUCAUUUAAGUCUGCUCCUCUGAGACGAGGAAGUACAAGUUUACAUUACCAAAGGGAGCCCCCAAUGAGUGGUGGAUUUCUCGAUAAAUUAUUAUACAAUUGUCGUAUCCUUAAGGAAGUACAAUCGGUUGGAAAGAAACCAGUGUACAGUUACCUAAGAUUUUCUAGGGGUGUCUUCUUUAACGUUGUCAACCGGUGACGUUGCGGCACGACUAAGUGGACAAGCACUACCGCCAAUCUUACAUUGUUAUCCCAUUUAACAACCAUCCGGGUCUGAUCAAUUACAACUUCCCUGGCCAAACACGCCACUUGUAACUGUAUUUAUGGAUCCGCAUGUCAACGCCUUGGCGUACGUAAAGGCAGGUGGUUACCCGAUUGACUAAUCACAGGUCAAAGUGUCUGUUGAUACCAGAACACAAGGUGCUGAGACGUUUGGUAAAAUGGCACCUACUGGACACCGACCACAAUGGGGGCUCGCACUUGGUGCUUGAGAUCCUUUUUCCAAUGCGUGGUGGCCCACAUCAAAUACGGUAAUGUUAUAAAAUAGAAAUCAUAAACCGACCACACGGCUGCCAACCUUGUGUUGCCCUGAUGCCGCGUGGGUUAUAGUAAUUAAAAUAUCGCGCACGAGCCAGUUAUAUUUGUCUAACAAGCAGCUUAUCACUGCCAUUCCUGCCGCCUUCGAGGUUCUGAGACUGUAGCGUGCGGUUCCACAGUGCGUUCUAUAAGGAGCCAACUUCUGCAUGUGAUACCUUUUUGGAGCUCGGUUCAUCUUUAAUUUCUGACAGCUGCUAUGCCCAGGAAAUAUUUUCCAUCUUCCCCUAGGUGCUCGGCAAUGAUAUUCUCGAACGAUCCAAACAGACGAAUCUGUUGGCGACCUUCCUCACACCGGCAACCAUAAUGGUGGUAUCAGUCACCGCCUCUACAACCCAGGGAAGUCCGCUCGAGCCAGACGUCCUGAAGCGAGCCACCGACGCCUGCGUCAUGGCUAUUGAACUUUUUGAGAUGCGAGCAACCAUCCUGGCCUACGUUGAAUCUCGUAUGUCUCUGAUCUCACCAAACGUCAGCGUACUCAUCGGAGCCUCGACGGCUGCAAAACUUAUGGGUAAAUCACCUUCUGUUCGCUGUUCUGGGAUUCACCUCACUAACUCCUUUGAUAGUGGCAUUUUUAACAAGAUACUCGAGUAAGUACGCGAAUAUUUAUGCCAGACUGCCUGCUUUUCCUUCUCGCAGCUUUCAGUGACCGACAGGCCCCACGCUUGUCGGCAAAUCGAACCCCAAGUGGCGUCAUGGAGUGAGAACGUUUGUAUUCAGGAGAAAUCGCUUGACAUCUCGGUCAUAUACUGGUCAAAAACGCAGAUUUUAUAAUUAUUGAGUUUGGCAGUUAUCUCAAGAAUCGCAUUUUCCUCACGGACGCGUGGGCAUGUCCAGUAGGCGACGUCAUUACUUAGAGGGACGGUGGCUUAAGCAUGAAUUAGUUUAUAUCGACAGUAGACUUGCGCAGCAUCUGCCACACACUCACCAUCACCCACCUGGGUCUUGUGUCAAGACAGAGUCAGGAAGACCGGAUGGCGGGAUCGGAUAUGAUGGCUGACAGAGGUAGAUAGUUCGACCCUGCGUGUCACACCCCCCCCCCUGGCCCACCCACAUAGGGCCAGGACUUUGCACAAGAAAUUAUGGCGCAUCUCGGCCCCCGUCUGAGUGGGAGUGCCAUAGAGGCGACACUAAGAAGGAACCAUUGCUGCCUCACCGUCAUGAGAGUAAGGGGCGAGUCAUGGCGUCGGUCGCAUCACUUAAAGCCAUCGCUUUUUGCGCAUUGUGAUAGUUUCAAGCAUGUCAGGUUGUUUAUAAAAAAGUCAACCUCGCCUCCCUUUUGCUUCUCCUCCUCCUCCUCCUCCUCCUCCUCCUCCUCCUCCUCCUCCUCCUCCUUGUUUCACCUUCGAUUGGCUAGUUAGGUUAAUGCCAUACACGCUUGCCGUUAAUUGUCCCUCAGUGAUGAGACGCAAUAAUUAUCUGCAACCACGGUCGAUGACUGCGCACUCAACACUGCGCUCACUUCGGACUGACAACCAAUACGGACAAAACAGUGGCCAUGCAUCAACUGCUACCGAACGCUAAAUACAACUCCUAAAAUCACUGCCGACGGCAACUAACUCCAAACUGUGAACAGCUUCGCCUAUCUAGGAAGCACACUCUCUCGCUCCAGGGAGCUCAACCUUUUCCAUCUCAGCUUCCUUUGUAGGUACUGAGACCGAGAUGGCAGGACAAAGUCCCGGACACGGAAGCCCUGGGAUGGAUCGGAAUCCUCGGCAUCCACGCCAUGCUUAAACAACUACAACUGCGACGGAAUGACCAUCUGAUGAGAGUGGACGACUCUUGCCUGCCAAGACUACCCUUCUACGGAGAUGCCACCACGGGUGCUCGCCAACUAGGAGGACCAAAACGACCCUACAUGGACACUUUGAAGAAUUCUUUUUAGCGAUUGCAUAUCAACCCAGAGACCUGGGAGGACCUUGCUCAGGACAGACCGGCCUGGGGAAGAGAAAUGCAGGCUGGUGUAGGCAUCUACGAAGAAAAUCGAAUCGCCGCCGCCAAAGCCAAAAGGACUGUUCGCAAGUCUCGGGCUCCUCCGAUCCGCAACGUUGCCACCCAACCCCGCGCCGUCCACGAACAUUUCGCGCUCAGAUCGGCCUCGUCGGUCAUCUUCGAACCCAGUUCAUCAACCGCUCGACGACCGCAAUUGCUGCCUCCACAACCGUACCUGUUCCAACCUGCAAGUAGACCACGUCAGCACCCAGCCUCACCAACGUUGCUUCGAAUUCCCGUGCCGCACUGUCAUCGACCGCUACCACCUCAACUACCUCUGCCAUAAUUGCUGCGACCACGACAAACACAACCACCUCUGUCACCACUGCCACCGACCAAAACGCUCCUGACGCCCCGACAACCACCAGCACAUUCACCAUAACCACCCUACCUCCAGCAAUGUGGAAUCGGCCCCAACCUGUCCUCAUUGAGACCGCACAUUCACCUCACACAUCGGCCUGGUCGGUCACUUGCUAAUCCAUCGCACAGAAUGAAGAACCAGUGCCUGGAGCUCCAACAUACACUCGCCACAUCCGCUUUUACUGUCCGCGCAUGUUCAUCCACCCCAUGGGCCCAUUCGGUCUCAUGCGUAUCCGGGACAGCGGGACACACCUUGCACAUCCAUCAACCCCAGCCCAAUCACGUCCUCAUCUCCCACCGCGCCCACCAUAGACAACAACGGCACCAUCGCCAUCACUACUACUACUACUAAUACUACUACUACUACUACUACUACUACUACUACUCCUACCACCGAAACCGACUCUUCGGCUCCCUACCUAUACUGCCCACACUGUUACCGCACAUUUACUUCACGCAUCGGCCUGGUCUGCCAUUUGCUAAUCCAUCACACGGAGGCUGCCGAACCAGUUCCCAGAGCACCAACAUGACCAGACGCACUCGUCCCAUCUGCCCACAUUGCCCACGUACACUCAGCCACCGCACGAGCCUUUUCGACCACAUGCGCAUUCAUGACAACUUGCGGUAAAUCACCGCGGGCACGACUACACCACCACACAUUCUCCCACCAACACAUUUGGCACGCAUACAACCCUCCAAAAUCCCACAACGGCACCUCUCCUGAAAGGAGGAAGUGUGUUUAUCGGCUCCUUCUCCAUGUGGUUCCUCCGUUAUAUGUGCGAUUGGAGCCUAAAACUAUCAUGGUGCGCCAAGUGUCGUGGCUUGGAAAUUUUUCAACUGAUGCUCCAACUAAAUCCCUGCAGUCAGCGCAGUUGUGUUUGUGUGUUGAGAGGCUGACCGGUAGAUUGGGAGUCAGGCUGUAAUAACUCCGUCUUAAUGUGGCCUCUAUGACACCCACUCCGUGGGAUCCGAGUCGGCGUGACUGCACGUCUAGAGGCAGCUCCGGUCGCGCCAACCGUCGCUCUUGUUGUUAGUGCAGGUGCAGGUGCAGGUCCGGUCGUGCCAGCCACUUGUGCCAUCUCCAGCCCCCGACCUUCAUGACUGUUCUGACACCAGGCCCAGGUUGGAAUUGAGGACAGGGUGCGGUAGAUGCUGCGCAAGUCCCCUCUCACUAUAAACUACUUCACGCACAAGUCACCGUGCCUGCUCUCACUUCGCUGUGUAGCACACGGUGGACCCCGUCGGCCACGACAGUCAAACUGUCAGGUAGUGCGGCCAGCUGAGGCGAACUCGACGAGUGUAUUUUGGUGUUCCGGGUCCCGGUUCCCCAGUUUUUGUGCAAAGGGUCCGCAUGUGACCGAUCAGGCCGAUGAGUAACCACAUAAUCGACAGUUGGUAGGCAAAGCUCAGCAACUCUUGUGGAGACGCAUCUUGACCAACGUCUGACAGUGUUUUGACUGCGUAGUGAGGGAGAGAGAGGUGCACUUUCCUUGCAGCCUGUUGUGUUUGCUGUCUGCAACCUUCACAUCAGUCCUUCGCCGAGUUGCCGUCUUGCUAAUUCUUAGUUGCCAACAACAAGCAAUUUGGCGGUAUACUAAUGUAAAUGGACAACUUCAGCACCAGCUUCCUGGAGGGACUAAUUGCGUGUUACUUUGGAUGUUGGGGUGCAUAUGUCAACAAGUAUCUGAGAGGGGAGCUUUCGCCAGAGUAAACUUCUAACUUAAGGCCCUUGCCCAACAACCUAUCGUCAUACUUCUAUUUCUUUUGUCUUUCUACCAGUUCCACUCCGAAAUCACAGGGACUUUAAAAAACACCAUUGGUGGAUUUUUCAGAUUUUUGUCUUUCAAGUUAUCCCUAUUGGUGAACUGCCAAAUUUUCGACCUUUAUUUGUUAUUUGGGUGUCAAAUUUUCAACGUCCUUUGCACAUCUUAUCACGACUCUGAAUUUCUAGGCGCAGUCUUACUCAGAAAUCAGCCUGUGUAAGCGACGGUGAACAUUCUUUUACCUAUCGAGCCUCUUGUGUUAUGUGCUCCCUGAGUCCUCGAUGUUGUGACUCUACAAAUCGAGGCUUAUUGAUUUUUCGCCUUAGGGCGUAAAGUAUCUUGGUUGUGUGAGUUACGCAUUUCCUUAAUAUGUGUACGUUUUACCCUCUUCUGCCCAGGCCAUGCGGGUGGACUGACAGCCCUCUCCAAGAUGCCUUCCUGUAAUAUACUGGUGUUGGGAUCGCAAAAGCGCAGUCUCUCCGGCUUCAGUAGCAACGCCGCUCUGCCGCACACCGGCUACAUAUAUCACUCCGACCUGGUACAAAAGCUGCCUCCAGAUCUGCGAAUUCGAGCUGCACGCCUACUCGCCAACAAGGUCACCCUUGCUGCUCGUGUGGACUCAUUUCACCAAUCUCAGGUACUUCAGGUUACCGAGUUUACACUGUAACUGAUAUAAGGGGCAGAGGUAGAUGCUGGCAGUUAGUUUCCUGGUCGCUGGGCUUGAGAUCUUGUGUACACUUGCAAGCCACUGACAUUUCGUUGAAUGGCAUCUCUACCUUUAUCGUAGAUCGUCGGGUAUUUGUGGAGGCGCCGUUUGUUCUCCCCGCCUAUCUUUGUCACGGUUUUAAGCAUACAGAGGACGCCAAGACUCAUAAAAUAUUGUCUGGAAUAUUACUGUAUGCUUUCAAACUCGGCGUAAAUGCGUAGAUUAGGCUGCAGUGUCCAUUGACUUGGAAGACAAUGUCAAGUUGACUCCUUAACAAUGGCAGGUUGGCUUUGACUACCGACAAAACAACGCUAGCUAAGCCAUUCUUUUCUUCUUUUCUGUGUUUGUUUUUGUUUCCCUAAAAGAAUGCUCAAAACACUGGCCUCAUUUAUUCAUUUUAUAAGGAAUUGCUCCCCGGUCUUUUAGUGUCUUAUCUACGGGGGUCUUAUUACUAACAAACUUCAGUAACUCGUAUGUACUUUCGAAGACGUUCGUCUAAAUUUGUUCUCGAGGCUCACAAACCGCACGGCAUGUAUGUAGAGAUCUCCGUACGCUCAUGGUAUUAUGAGGUACUCCUGGAUCGUGUCGUAUACUUCGCAAGUAGAAUAAAUAAACCAGUGGAUGUUAAAUCACUUGAACGCCCGAACAGUCUCAUGCCGGGAAGUUUGUUGAAAACUGAACCAGUGUAUUCCUUCGUGUGUAAAGCUCGGAGGUAGAGCAAAGACACUACUUGAGUAAUGUUCCUUCCCCUAUUGUGGUGCCUUAGGAAUGUCAACUAAGGGCCAGUAUGCUGCUGUAUUCUUACUACAUUUCGAUUUUGCCCCAUACUAAUCAAAAUAUCAUCUUUUGUCAGGUAAGCUUUUCAGUUUUCAGGCAAAUUUAACGAUCUGGAUCAACAUUUUAUGUUACGUAGGCCCCGCGCAACGUCAGCCACUCCGCCAGACCUAAUUUCUAGUCCGUCGUGAUUGGUCAUAGGAGAGGUGGGAGGGAGUGAGAUUGUUUCAGCUGGGAUCCACCAUUUAGUUUCCGCGCCGUAAACAAGCAAACGCAGUUUUGGACCAUCACGACGUACCAAGUGUUCUGACUUUGAAGUCUUACAUGUCACGGGUUACCUGGUCAUACUUAGGGCUAAUGGUCAAGCUGUAACUGCUUUUUCAUUAUGUGACCUCUAUGGCAAUCUCAGCUGUGAGAUCCCUAAUCGAAGACUCGUUUGGGUGGAGUUGAGGAUGUUGUCGUUUAUUGCACGCACAAACGUGAAUUAGGCAUCGUCAGCCCCUGCCGCCCGCGUCUAUCGUCAGUCAUCAUGGCUUUUUCUUGCCAUCGGAACAUGAUAGGUGCCGUAGUAGAGGGUGAAGCAGAUUAUACGCAAGUCCGCAUUGCCACAAACGAAGUGGCGCGUAAACCAAUGCUGUGCUCUGCCCGCGACAACAAAGGUUCUCACUGUGCUUUAGACUGGAGUAGAACAACCACCUGGAUGAGAGUGGGGACUUGGACAUGAAUUCGAUUUUAGCGAAGGGGACUUGCGCGCCAAGCUUCAUUUGCAGAAGUAUGUCAGAGCGAGUGACGUCGAGACUGAGCACAAUAAGCAAGCAGGUAUCAGCUCCCGCCUGUCGCGUACCACGCACGUGCCGAUUUAUCCAUGUAUAGGAGUCAGAGUUCACUCGGACAGCUGCCCAAUUAAAAGCGCAACACGCCAUACGAGGACGUACCGAGCAAGGCACGCUAUGUAGGUGUCGGUCAUCCCAGAGGCGGCAGACUGGAUUUGUCUUGUUCCUCUAGAGGCUCAGUUUUUUGGUCUUUACUCCAUCAUCACUUCUUUAUUGGAAUUGGCGUAGACACAACAACCUCAACUGAUUUGAAACAACACAUCAAAGUUUGGUGCUCAUUUUUGAACUCUCAGUAUUCGAUCUCCGCUACUUGUGGUGAGUUUAGAUCUCACUGUAUCUUAUACCACAACAUUCCGCAAAUGCAGACUUAUAGUGCUUAACAUAAGCAAGGCUAACUAGAUCACGCAUGGCUGCUUCCCCAUUAAAUCAGAGUACGUAAGUAAGUAAUAAACAACGCAUGACUGCUAGUGCCUCCGUAUGGCUAGUCAUGUCGAAAACGGCAACUCUGCAUUGCUCCUGCCUGUGGCCCUCAGUCAUCUAAUUCGGCCCCUUGUCUCUUUUACUGUUUUUUACUCCAUUCCUUUUGCCUGAUUUUCGGACAUAAUUUUGUGCUACAAUAUGCAUACAUACAUUCGCCCACUUUUUUCUAGGAUGGAACCAUCGGUGAGCAGUUUCUGCUAGAGGUUGAAAAGAAGAUCGAUAAAUGGCAGGAGCCUCCGCCAGUGAAACAAAUCAAACCGCUGCCCGCUCCGCUCGAUCCACCAGCAAAGUAUGCAUUGAUCAGGGGCCUAGAAAUUUGUUGCUCCUUUAAUAACAAGUCCUCUACUUUCCUCUCUUGGCACGCCUUAGUUUUUUUCGCUUCGGAUGGUCAAACCUGUUCUAGACUUCAGUUGAGCGUUCGGGCGUUUCUGUCAUUGUGAGGAGAGUAAUUUACUCCCAAGAGUUUUACUAAACAGAGCUUUCCGCCUUCGAAAAUUGAUUUUCUUUGUCCGAUGCCAACUGUGGGAAUGGCUUUCCUAACACGGGUUAUUUUUAGGGAGCCGGGCGUUUUAUUGAUUUUUAAAUGUCAGAUUAGUAAAUCUGUGCGAUUUGGUGCCCUAAAGUGCAGUAAUAACGCACACAGACAAUUCUGCGUUUAAAUGGACUGGAAUUGUUUUUUUCGUUUGGAAAAUUAUAUUUGUCGUCAGAAAUGACUACCACCGAAUAGGCAUUUUCAGUUUUGAACAUAUGGAGCACUAAUGUUCUUGCGGUCUACUGCACGUACGUAAUUUAGAAAUGGAACGAGCAAAAUAUCAGUAUUUAUAUGGCCACUCUUAAGCGCAUUCAUAACCAUAGAACAGAGUCUAAAAGUGGGCAAAGUUGGCAAAAAUGGCCUCAAUAUAAAGAGAAAGGCAUGUUCUUACGUUUGCGAUAGAAAAAUGUCCGUAUUUCCUUUAGCAAUGUGAAAGAAGCGUCCAAAAGUGCUUUGCUAUAUAAAAAACUAAAGUACACAGACAUCCGUCAACUGAAUGCAAUAUUAAAGCACUCCUUGAAAAGGUUCCUCGUCAGAUCUUUUCUACACGAUCGAAAGAAUAUUCGAUGUUGACUUUUGUUAUGGAGGUUCAUCUUGUUUGAGGAUGAGGUUUCCUGUUUGACUGAGUCUUCAAAUGGGACCCGGACUACCUUCUACAUGACAAAGAACACCCAAACACUCGCUACUUCGGCAGAUGUCUUCAAAAAGUAUCUUAAGGGUUUUAGCAAACGCAUAAUACAGAAUCUGCCUUUAUGGACAGUCGGAUGAAAACGCUGAAAAUCAUAAAGUAUUCAGCGAUAUUUCAAGACAGAUAUGAAACUCAACGUAAUUCAGAACAAACGAAAAGUGCAAAUUAAUUUCACGGAAGGAAAGUCCUCUUUACAUACAUAAAAUCGCAUGCUUGCAAUUACCGCUGUCAAUUCUACUUAAAUUUACUCGUCAUUGACCCGCUUGGCGACAUGUGCCCUUAUGAAGACUUGUUCCUAUGACGCCCCUAACGGCGAAAUCAAGCAAAAUGUCAUUGGCCUUAUUGAACAACAUCUCAAUCAAUUUGAAAGCGUUAAUAAUACCACGAAUCCUCUGCAAACCAUUUUGGUAUCUAUACUCAGAGUGUAGGCUGUUGGCAAACCGCCAUACCUUAAAUUACGCAAAUCCUUAAAGGAUAUUUAGGUUUUAACCUUACUAAAACACUCUAAACAUUAUUCUAUUUCGCCUCUCGCAUUUGUCCAGUUUUUUGCGUGGGCAGACAGUCUGUACAUUGGAAAAUGAUGUUUGCACAAUUACAGCCACUUUUGACGUUUUCGAAAUUCUCUGCUUUUCUAAAGUUGGCACUUCUGAACAACGUGACAUUAUCUUUAAUAUUUCUUUUAUGUUUUUAACUGCCCUAAAGUUUUUAUUUACUAACAUAGAUAUUGGAUCCUUGCAUCGAUGUCGGAUUGCGAGUUAUUAACAAUCAUUCGUAAGAUUCGACACCUUUUGUGUGUUAGGUCACGAACUGUAUAUAUACGUUCGGAUUUUUCAUUUAGGCCUGCAUUUGUAAUCCGUAUUUCCACCUUCAUUCUUGCUAUCCAGAAAGCGUGGUGGUCGGCGGUACCGCAAGAUGAAGGAGCGUCUAGGCAUGACUGAACUCCGUCGAACAGCUAACCGCAUUCAGUUCGGUGAAGUGACUGAGGAUGCCUACCAGUCCGAUCUGGGCUUCUCCAUGGGCUCAUUAGGACAGCGUGGCGUGGCGGGCCAUUUGCGCGCUCCACAAGCCGACUCAAAGACCAAGGCCAGAGUGAGUAAGGCGCUGCAACAGAAGCUGGCACGCUAUGGCGGCCUCUCGACGAUGCCAACGACCUCCCUAGCAGCUACUGCUUGGGGUGGCAAAUCGACGGUAGGUGGUCGAGGACACGAGUCGUCUGCGGGCACCGCCUCCUCCGUCACCUUCACUCCCCUUCAGGUCAGUUUUUCACGCCUUGUCUUUAGAGUGUUAAUAUGCUUUGUUUGUUUGUCCUGACUUCAUCGGCGUUUCCCAGUGCUCGCGAGGCAACCACUCUGGUGGGCUUUAUUGCGGCACAGGCAUUCAUUUCCGACUGUUUCCAACUUAAUCCAUUGUAUGAAUGAACACAGCUUUCUUCUCUUAGGCCAAAACCACCUCCUGGCCGACUUUGUUUAGUGACGCUCUCCCGUUUGUCCUCACAAUACCAGUAGGUAGCCUGCACGGGUGGUGGGUGGAGUGGGGAAAUGAGGACUACCACCUUCAAGACAGAUGCUUGUCAAUUGUCCUCGGUGUGGGAUACUGUGUUCUGUGGAGGCUGCAAUGACUCGUGUGUGUGUGCUACCUAUAAGCCCCGUUGUAAGCCGCAUGUCACUCACUGCUGUGUCUUUUGACCUUCGCCUGCGGUAACAAACCGAACUGCUAGCCUCUCCCUUUUUCGGACUUUAUGAAGCUCCCUGGCUUGUAAAAUCUCUCACACAUGGGAGCCUUUUCUGGAAAAUUACGGAAUGUUUGAUGAACGUUUUUCUUCAAACAAUUUGGUCCGCAUAGACACAAAUAUUUUGGUUUCAGACGAGAAGGAAAAAUACUGGUCCGACCCCGAGGCAGCAUUGUUUUGUUUCCAAACUCCCGAUGGCGAAAGAUGACUGUGCAGGGCCUUAUAUGAGGGCGGGCGGUUGAUAUGCCUAUUGAUAGCUUCAGUAACCUUACUGUCUGGCCCACGGCACUUAUUCUCGGGCAACGACGCAAUGUGCGACCCCAUCCAGAAUCCGGACAGGUCAUCUUGUCUUACGAGACUGCUGGAGGUAGGGGUUAUAUGAGUGGGGCUAAUGGGAAAGAUAGCGGUGGAAAGGGAUGAAGUUUUGGGAAAAUGUCUUAAAGCCGUUAAUAGAUCCAAAUAGAUCCGUGCAUGACCUUGAACGCGAUCCAGAAAAUUGAAUACUAGCGAAAUUUAUCACCAAAAACCAAAAGAAGCUAAAUAUAGCGCUUGCACAAUAAGACAUCAAGAUCAGAGAUCAAGGCAGCGAAGUAGCCAAUAGAAACCCAAAGAUGAAUGAUGUCGGCGAACCACACAAAAGUAAAGUGGGGACGUUGACCCAACGGCACGACACAAUGACGCAAAACAGCAGAACACAGGGCAGCUGCUUAAAUGGCCGGUAAAGAUAAAGUUUACCAAAUUAGUGGGUAUACCGAACGACAAAUAAGCCGAAUGUGGUAUUAGAGCGAAAAUGCAUGUUAUCUUGACAAAGAGCAAUCAGUGUACCCAAAUCGAACAACACUACUUUCGUAAGAACCGGUAGGCAGUAGUCAGUAAUAUGCAAAGUUGGGUCGCAUAUUUCGUUCUUUCCUAUUCUCGUCCCCAAGAUCCUGAUCGCAUGGUCCGUAUCGACGUUUGGUAGGCUACUUGAUGCACACGUCUAUAUUGGUUUGUGCAUAAUCCUGACUUUCGUCCAACAUUUUCAAGAAUGGUUAGGACAUGAAAUGGGGUGUACUAUAUCAGAUCUCUUGCCAGUGCUUCUCUUUCAUGACGCGACUUCAUAUGGUGACUCUAGGCCACUGUGCAAUCCCAAUACCAACUUCUGCGGAAAUGAUUCAGCCACAUCGGAAGCACUCCCAUGACAUGAGUUAGCACACCAUCUGUUCGGAUCCUUGUUUCUGCUCUAAAUUUUCCGGGACGGACGCGAAGCCACUGGAUUGUAAGGGUUUUUGGACAGUUAUCUCCCAUGAAUUCCUCGUGCUUUCAGCAUAGUAGAUUUUGCUAAACGUCGAGGAUUACAGGCUGAGAUUCCAACCAAGUAGCUCUGCUUAAUAAGCACAUCUCUUGCCUUUGCUGUGUUUACAGGGUCUGGAAAUAGUCAAUCCAAUGGCAUCGGAGCGUCAGGUGGAUGAACACAAGAAGUACUUCAGCGCCACGGCUGGUUUUGUCAAUGUCAAGAGCAAGAAGCCUCCACCUGCUGCCGGCCUUAACGAAAGUUCACAGAAUCAUGCAUCAACCGAGAAGUAAAUUUCGUUGCGAAUCGAGUUGUUAACACCCUUGUAAAUAAUUACUUUUAAUACGAUUCUUACUCUUGGCGAGGGAGCCUGCACACCUGUCACGCUGACACUCCAAAUUGCACUUAUUGGUUUGUGCUCAGCAAUAAUGAUUGGGCUCGGUGCUGCAGCCUUGGCGGGCAGUGGGGUGCGGAGUGUUACCCAGCUGUCUAACCAUUGCAAAUACCGUUGUGGUGGCCGGCCAACCCACAAAUCAAGUAGGUGCGCACCUACAUCCGGUAUGUGGAAAACUCUGUCAUGACCUCAAGUUGGUUGUCAUGCCGUGGCCUGCCUGCCUUCGACUGCGCGUCUUUCCUUCUGCCCUCUCUAUAUUGGGUCCUACCUUAUGGAAGUGGUUCGCUCAGCUAAUUAACUUCUUAUACUGCUUUUGUGAGAAAUUUCGUCCUCAGAUUUUGCCUCUGAACAAGGGGACUUAUUGCGGUUUGGAGUAGUAACCUAGUACCUAAAAAUUUCGGACAAAAGCUAUGCUCUUACUUGUUCCUGAGAUUUCGGACUACGUGUUGGGUAUUUUCUCUGGAAUAAAUCCACAUGCAUUUAAAAAGGGGCUGGCUGAUGCUUGGGAAAUACUUCAAAUGCGCCCUCGUCCCAUUGCGUAUUCUUUGUCUAGCACUAAUUAAUCCUGAGACUACUUGAGUAGCCGUACGAGUCCGACAUAAAUUCUCAUAAUUACGGGUUUUUAGAAGCCAGAACAGUCCUUCCCUUGGCCUAUGUACACCCUAAAAAUUUGUACAUUGCUGAGAGGGGGAUGCGAGAAAUCAAGUUGCUCGUACGUUUUCCCUAACUUUGACUUAAUUUAUACAGUCGUCGAAAAUAAAGCGUGGUUUCUGGGUCCCCAUUGGAGGCGGCUAGCGAAAUGGUCUCGUUUGUUGUGUCACUACGCAAGUCAAAGCUGGAGUCCGCGUUGGCCUCGCUGACGAUGAACUAAGAUUGCAACGGCACACUAUUAAUUCGGGCCUUAACUCCAAGGAGGUUUUUCUAAAUUGAGUUCUUAUCUUGCCUUUCAGACCAUAAUUUUAAACUACUUUUUCCGAGCUAGUCUACAUUCAUAGCGUCAAAAAGCUGACAAAUCGCUUUCUGGACGGGGUCGGAGCAAACGGAAUAGAGUUAAAAUUGCCAGCACGAGUUCCAGUCAUGAGUGAUGUGCCAAAGGGGAGGUCGAGAGUAUCGUGACCCUGGGCUUUAUUCAGUUUCAGUUUAUUAAGGGAAAUAUAGGCGAGCGCCUUUGAACUCCCUAUUGGUUACAAGUCGUCGGAGAAAAACAGUGAUAGUGAGAAGGGGAAGAAGGGGUUUUGUACAUAAUCGCUGACAGCUAGUCAAAAAGAGUAAUCAAUAACGGUUACUAACAAGUUACAAGUAGUAUAAACAUGUUUAAGUUGGUGCCGGUUAUGUGAGUGGAUGUAAGGCUGGUAACUGGGAGGCUUAUUCGUCAUUUUCAUCUUAGAGCUCACAUGGCAGGCCGUUUAUUGUUUUGGCACCGAGCAGCCUGUUUAUAGACCCGAGGAUGGGAACGGUAUCACGUGUCGACAUUUCCUCGUCCGGUUGAAUUCUUAGUGCAACUAAUCAACAGUGCUGCAAGUGACUGCAACACAGACAGUGUGGGUACGCACAUGGUGUGCAUCACCCUGUAAAAGCAAUCGGACAAGUAAGCUACACCCCGUUCUCUUUCCCGAGAACAGGGAUGAGCAGGGCCGCUUGUUGAAGUCCCAGUUGUUGGUCCCCCGCCCGAAUUCCGAGCACUGCAUGCGACCAGCGAAUGCUUAUUUCACAUGACCCCAGGAGGAUUUUCUUAACAAUCCCAACAAUUCCAGAGAACACUGAAAGCCUAUAUGAUAAUUGUCCGGCAAAUGUGUUGACAGGGAUUGCUGCAGCUAAAUGCCUCCCCAAAUGCAUUUUAGCUGACAGACAAUGAACCAAUUUUCUUCAUCAGGGUGGAGAAGGGAGUCGGUAUCAGGCGCUGCGCAUGUCUUUGACACCUUCAGCGGGCAUUUUGCUGGCGUCCACUCCCUUUGGCAUGAGAUGCCUUUCAUUUAAGGGACUAGGCGACGACGUGGGCUAAGUGGUUUCCUAGGCUCUGCUCCCUUAUAGUGAUCACCUCUCAAUCGGCCUUUCUUGAUGGUUGUUUGCUAUGAGAGCUCUUUAAGAGCUGUGUAGCUGCCCUCUCUUGGCUGUUAGCGUACUGCAGUAGGGCUAGUUGCUGAAAAAAGCGCAGGCACUUUUCAUGCUAACGUGGGCUAGUGGUGUGAAAACUUUAGAUCUAGUAUGUUUUCGUAGGUUUUCUGAGCUCCAACUGAGUAGAGGGUUGGUGACAGACGACAGCAUCUAGUACUCCAAUUUUCCAUCGAUUUUAAAUUGAAUUUCAAAGGCGAAUGGACUGAGUUGAGUCCAAAAGCUCACGAUUAUGUUUUGCUCAUUAAAGAUAGUUGCUUGGUCAGUGUGUUGAUCUGGAGACUUUAGUGAAUAACCAUGCAAAUCGAUUCGGAAUUUCCGAAAAUAUUCUCGACAAGUGGUCAGAGAACGGGUAACUUCAUUGGUAUCUCUAUGAUUCGAUUGCUUCGGACUCUUUGAGAUAUUAGCUGGGUCUUUAUUUUAGUGCGGCGCCAAAUUGUGGCUUGUUCGUCAUUUUCAUCUUAGGGCUCACAUGGCAGAUCGUUUAUUGUCUUGGCACCGAGCAGCCUGUUUAUAGACCAGAGGAUGGGAACGGUAUCACGUGUCGGCAUUUCCUCAUCCGGUUGAAUUCGAAAAGUCCUGUAUUUACGUGUAAAUUUCUCUGUGAUUAUAGUGCGUUGGCCUGAAGUCAGAAUCUUUACUUUUUAGAAGACCUGGCUAAAAAACACCUGCGUAGGUGGUAGCCAGAAGGACGGUGACGUCCUACCUGUGACUGUUUGCAAGACCGUGAAACUGCAGAAGCCUUACUCCUUGCACCUAAUAUAAAGCUUUGCCCUUGUCUAGGCCUGUGGAUCAGCAAAAAUUGUUUGUAGGGCAUUUACAAGCUUUACAUCUGUCAUGCGAGCCUAUAAAACUUACUUCUGACCUAUUUACUCCAGCUAAGCAAUUAAUUUCAGACGAAUUAAAAGCUGAAAUUCACAAGUUUUGCGUGAUGCCAUCACCGCAUCUGGCCAAUCUUUUGCAUCGCAUGACCUUACGUGGUGUCCGCUCAACUACAGCAACCUAAACCCCUCAAUGAACUUCAAGACCUAGGUGGACAUGUUCCCACUAAUAGCAUUCGAGCGCCUGUCCCGGCUGACAUAGGACGUGCCCGCGUGUCCGCAUGCCAUCCUGCUCUUACAACUGACUCUUUGUCAAAGUAUGAUACUUCGUCUUCUCGCAUACAAGUCAUUCUGCACUUCAUCUGGCCUGUGGGUCGGAAUCGUCGAUUCAAUUUGUUUGAGGGAGACGUAGAUGUUGGACCUGUAAAUCCUCUGCUCGUUACAAGGAAACGAUUAACAUCAAAAAUCCGAAAAUGGAAACACCAAACAGGUACCGGACCCUUUCGGGACCAAUUCCUCGGAAUGGUCCCGCUUAGCCGACGGCGCCGGCCGCUGCAGCCCCCUGGCCUCGAUGAAAGUGGAACAAGACCGCCGGGAAUAGCCGUAGUUAGCUAUCACACCGCUUCCCGCCGUACUUCGCUCCCUGGUGGCCGUGUGUUGCUUAACGUCUCUACAACAGUGCGGAAUGCGGUUGCCAACAUUCUAAUAAUGAUAAUAAAAAUAGUAGUAAUAAAAAUAAUUUUUAUUCAUGACCCGUGGGGGUCCUUUCAUAGCGAGUAAGAAUAACUUUUAUGUGAAUUUUUGAAUUUUAGGGCAGGUUUACAGGGUCUAUACAAUACUUGAUUCAUAGUUAUUGAAUAAGUAGUACGUUACGAAGAAUGGUGAACGAGCUUUGAAAAAGACUCCUAUCAUAUAAACAAAAUGAGUUUGACUGGAUUAACUGUAUAGGAGAAAAAACUCGCCCCUUAAUAUAUAAAAAGCAGGCGGGAACGGCCUGUAUGUGGCAUCUGUCAGGAAACAAAUAGGACUGCAUCAGAUAAAGACUCCAAAUCAAGUCUUCAGAGCGAUUUCUCCAUCGUUGUCAAUAUCCACCGCGCUUCCCAAACUAAAGCAUCACUUUUUCUGCAUAACCGGAACCCUAUAAUCCUAAAACCAACAAAUAGAAGGCGACACGAAUUUGUCAUUUAUAUUUAAACCAAUAAUUUAACCAGUGGCAUUCUCCGGAUUUUCCUGUGAUCCUGAUCUUUUCUUGACAGGGGGAUGUUCGCGCUGUUAAUAGCUGAAGUUGGUAAUAUAACUGCUAUUUUCAGAAUCGGACUGAAUAUACCUCUCUCAUUAAUUUUACACGUCUUCCUUCAUCCCUUUGUUUAACAAAUUCCGGUCUGCGAAGAAUCUUCCAUUAUGUAGUGGCAGAAGACGUUGAGGGUAGCUCAAACGCCAUAAUGUGAGCAUUGAGAAUGAUUCCUAGCUUAGAACGAGCUGGAAAGAUUAGUUGGGUGCGUCAUAGCAAUCUUCUUGACGGUAUUCUAGAAGAAAUUGGCGAGUAAAAGCACAAACGUACAAAAAACUGACGGAAAUCCUUCAUAUGUGGCAGUCAUUAGUACAAGAAAUGAUGACUUAAACCAGCAAAGUGACCCAUCUGGAUGAAAAAGUGUAGCCAACAUGCCCGCUGAACGACCGUUUGGGAAUGCAGAGCUGUGGGCAGCUGUAGGCAAGGUCAGUGGAAGGUGCCGACGUAGAGUGGACGAGACGGGCGUGACGACGGAAGCUGCAGGAAGAAGUCGGCAGUCGAUUGGGGAAGGGGCAUCGGUUAUUUUCGCCGACACGCGUUCACACAAUCCCCAUCCUUGCGUAGCGUCCAACUGGAGGACGUCAUCGGAUCACGAACGAUAUUAAAUGGAGAUGACGAUUGCUUAAUCUCGGACGGACCGGCUACUUCAAAGAUCCUAUCUAAGAGUCCUUGCAUCUUGAAAUGUGCGGAAUCAGGUGAUACAGGCAUACGAGGCAACACACGAGGUAGGAUAGCAAAUUGGAAAGUGCACUUUAUAACCAUCUACGAAAAACUAGAAAACUAAUACAAGAAGGGGGGGGUUCUAGAGCGGAAAAAUGACUGGAGCGACUUAUCAGUGGUUGGUUGGGAGCUGUCCGUUCGCACGUGACCUCGGAAGCAUGGUCUCUGAAAAAAAUGAAAAGUGUCGUUUGAAACAACCAAGGUCGGAUGUCCAGUCAAACCUCAGGCUGUUAAAUUUGGUCUAGCCAUUUCUUCAGGCGCUGCAAGUAAACCCUGCCAGGGCUUUCAUGCGAGUUACUCCACGGCCCAUUCUUCGUUAUUGCAAUCUCAUUGGUUUUUUAGAGAAGUAACAGCCUUGGUAAUCUAUUAACAGGUGUUUUAGCAAAUCUGAACUAUAUGUUUGACCUACUGGUGAAAUUUUUUGUGGCUUUGAUGAGAUUCGAACACAUGACAGCAUACCAAGCCUAGAAUGCAGCCAAUACCCUAACCACAUGAAUUACGAGGGCCCGACCGGGAGCCGUAAGUUAAAUCAUAUUUGGGUCACGUUACUCGCCCAGUCCGCUACAACACCUGACUUUCCAAGCAAGAUUAUCUUGAAAACCACUCUAGAAUCCACCAGAUGACUCCAGUCUUAGUUAACAGACUUUUUGGCAGGCUUGAACCAUUCAUUCGAACCUUUGGAACUAACGGAUCCGGGACGGUAACAACGUCAGGUGCAUAUUAUUUUCGGUCGAUCGGAACUCUUUGGCCCUUGUACUGUGUCCUCGCACCCAGAAACUCUGUAAUAGAAACCGGUUCUUACAUAGGAAUGAAAUUUUCACUUCUGUUAACUUUCUUGUCUGUUACGUUCCUUCGAAAGAUUUGACGAACAACAUGCCUUGGGCCCUGCGACUGCAACUAGAGCGUUGUUAUUCACCAUGCGGCAAAGCCAGUUUAGCAGGUCGUGCUCUAUUUGUCUGCAUAUAAUCCGAAGACUUGUAAAAACCCACACGAGUUUCCUAGGAGUUCUUAAAUCAACGCGGUAUGUAAGGUUGGAAGGGGGUUCCUGAGGAGGUUGUAAAAGAUCGCUGUUAAUCCACCACCUUCAUGUGCCUUCUACCUCGAACAAUAAACUGUCUUUCACUUUGUAAAGAAUGUUCCAGCUGAAAUCCACUUCACCUUACUUCAUAUGCAUUGAGUUCCAACCUCACGACUGACUUCAGUAGAGACAUGUGUGUCCACACAGUCGCAACUAAUGAGCCAGAGAAAGCAAUACACAAACCACUGGGACGAGUGCAAAUUUUACCUUGCUCCAUUGCACAUAUACAACCGACUCAGGCAUGACUUAACAUGUGCACCACACUCUCUGACCCCGCCGGCUACCACCGCUGUGAGAAAUCUUCCGAGAUUUCCGCAUGAAAUAAGCCCUAUAUUCUGGUGUUUGGUCUCCACUGUUAAUGAAAACUUGGACUUCACGAUUGGCUCACCUGGGGUGAGCCCAGUACCUUAAAUCCUAUCAGAUACUGUUUCACGAGAAAACGUGUUUGGCCAAGCCUAACUGCUUCUCAUUCGUGCGGUUCCCAGCGCGGAGUGUCGGCCAGACUGCAUAGACACACUGGGUAAGGUCUUGGUACAGUCAUAAGGCAAGCUGUUUGCAGGGAAACUUAUCUUCAAAAGUUAAAAACAAUCCGUCCUUUGACAGAAACUCCACUACGAAUAAAUGAGCUGACAGUUGGCUUAAGUAGGUGUCUGCUAGGCAAACGGGACCUGACAACAAAGGAAAUUAUUUGUCUGUCCAAUAUGUACAGCUGCUCUUGUCAUAAUGCUGUUUACUUGACGUCUCCGCUCCAAAAAUUCCCCUUACCUAUUCAGCCGAAAACUAGACUAUCUCCAUCAUUGGAGAAUCAGCAGGUAGCGGCAUAUAUAUGUAUAUCGUUGUUUUGUAUAUCCAGCAGGAACAUCUCUGUGUCUGGCACAGAAAACUGUAUAGAUUUGUCCACUUAACAUAGUAUUAUAAUACAGUUAUUUUGGCAAAAAUCACGCACUACAUUAUACUGUUUCCAAAAACUGGGGAUUCUACUGAGAGUUCAGCUCCAAUUAGAAAUACCUCCGUAUAUAUAAGCAGUCCCUCACGAAAGCCGGAUAAUGUCUUAUUCAUUCUCCAUUUAUUACGAAAAUCUUUCCCGUAGACACAAAACAAGUACCGAAAUUUCCGUGCCCUUGAUGGUGUUGGAAUUGCAAUCUGAGUUCAGCCAGCAUACUUUAAGACUUUAUAUGGGCAAGUGGAUGAGAGAUAAAAAAGUAAUCCUAAGUCCUUGGGACAGUAAACGAUGUCAUUCGUUAUAGCUGACGGACAUCUUGCGAAAAUGCAACUUUUCAUGCUGUAAUUUUCUACAUAGUAGCUGAUAUCCUUCUUCCAACUUAAACUAACUUAAGCAUCCGUGGGUAAACAUCACUGUAAUCAGCGCCAAAGGUGUAUUUUGGUCAGUAAAACUCCGUCCACGAAGCGUUGCGCAUACCUAUGCACAUAAAUAAAGGGUGCAUUAUUGCGGAUGCUUAUUGUUACCACAUCGAAUUUAUGAAGUGCAAAAGAAACAGUGACUAAAUAAUUAUGACUAAUAUCGUGAAUUCUGCAAUGUGGAAAGUAAUCAAAGUUAUAAAAUAAUACAUGCAGGAGAACGUAGCUCUAAGCGGGGAUGUUACGUUUAGUCUACAGAGGUGAAGGAAAAAGAAUAGGAAAAACGUUUAUGGUAAACUAUGGUAAACUAUUGUACAAACUCACAAAAAGUAAAGCCCUCCCAAGUUCCAGGUGGUUAUAGGAAGUCAGGGUCCUUUUAGGUAAUUCCCAUAAGUUCCAAAUUAAUCCUUGUUAAUGCUGUUUGUCGUCCGGAUCGAUCCAAAUCCGGCAAGGGGGAAAUGAGUGGUAAUUCAUGGAUGUUUGUUGCGCGUGAUUAAAACGGACUCAAGCACAUUAAGGGGAUUUAUGAACCAUAGGCAUCAAGCGACAGCGAAAUCAGAGCACGAGUUGUCGUAUAUAUUUUAGUAUAUCCGAACAAGAGUUAAAAAAUUUCGAGCGUUAAAGAAAAAACGAAGAGAAUAAUUGAAUAUGUAAAAAGACCUACAAUUCUCAACUAGUUAGCAGGCCGUAACCUUUAAAACCCCCAGCCUUCUGUAGAACAAUGAAUAUAGCUGUGCACCUUCAAAAGCUUUUAUGCAUGAAUAUAAGCAUUUGCAUUAUUUCCUGAUAAAAAAAACCUUGUUCCAAUCUUUUGGGCUAUCUGCGUUCAUUUUCUACUUGUUUCGUUUCACGAUUCGCGCAUCGGCUACGUUUGCCUUUUAAAUCCUGUACUUUUGUGUUGCCUAUGUUUCCGUCCACCUUUUAGCGAUUGAUUCGGGACGCGCAGGUCUUUGUACACAGCACAUUUCCUGCUGUUUUUUCCUGGCAAUUUCGUCGACCGCAACCCUUCUCUGUCGCAGUAUUUUCGUCCGCUUCCCUUUCCAAACACUUACAAUUUAGUCAUAGUGCCAUUAAUUAAAAAUUGUAAAACAAAGGCAUCGUACCAUUUGCAGUUUAUGAGAUCUAACGCGGUAGCAGAUGCCCAGAAUAAAUACCUGUACGUUCCCUCGGAGAGUUGUUUGACUUUGCUAGAUCAAUCCCGCGAGAUUUUGGUACAUCGGCACCUUGACUUACACGCACUUGCAUAAAGCGUAGCGCCCAAAGAUUUGAGUUUGAUCGUUUGAAAGAAGUGAGUUUGAAUACGAAGAUGGUGUCACGAUACCCUCUCGCAGGUUUUGCCAACUCCCCUCAUUAACCUUAUUUUUUUGUUCAGUUCGCCCGUAGGCCCGCAAACACAUUUCAAGCAGUCAGCAGAACCCCAACAACAGCCCUUUUAUCUAGUUAUUUCUCCUCUUUCGUUGCCGGCUGCGUCCCUCGUGACAAUCUUGCUAAUUUCCCAAUUUUUUACAUUGCCCUCCUCCUCCUCCUCCUCCUCCUCCGAUUAUUCCAUUGUUUAUCUGCAUUCCGUUAUCCGUCAUCAUUACAAUAUUUCAUUUAGAGUGCUAUAGAACAAUAUAUUGUUCUAUUGUUGUAUGUACCCCGUACGUUUGUGACCUUUGUCAUGCAUACUGUCUCUGGUCAUGUAGGUUGUCACGUAUUUAGUGGCAUCAGUGGGAUUAGGAGAGCCGUGUACCUGUUGGUCGUGUAUUAGAACGGUAUUAAUGUCGGAUGUUUGCAUUUGUGCACAUCGUUCUCGGGCAGCUUGCGACCUCCGUACGAUAACCACAGGAAGAUUAAUAUCCGGUGCCAUUAUCGAAGACGGCGGCGGGCGGGACUGGGCGUCAGCGUUGCGGUGGUUUGCCAGGACAUUCCCCCACUUCGGGGUCUAACUCCUCAAGUAGUUCCUGCUAUCUGGCGACUUAUCCCUCAGCGUCUUUAAAAUUCUGAAGCCAUUUAAAGACCUGGUGGUCUGUGCGGACGACAGUGUUUCGCUUGCAGGUGUCGGAAUUUUUUAACAGAGGUGACAAAGGCUGACAUUUCACAGCCUAUGGUGCUGUACCGGCGUUGCACCUUGUCCAAGCAUUAACUGGCUUAAGCUAUUACAUGCCCAUGUCAGUCCGUACAGAUUAGGCUAAGAACUCCACCGAUGGCAAAUCCGAUAGCGUCAAUUUCCAAGAUAAACAAUGGACUUUAGACGUUGCCGUUGGGGAAUGCGAGAAUUGGCUCAGAGGUCAGAGCGUCUUUGAGAGCUGAGGGAGCUCGUGUGUAUUCAUCUGUCCACGCAAAAGAACGCACCUUUUCUGUUAGCCGGCUGAGGGUAAGAGCAAUAUUUGCGAAGCCGUAGAUGAAACCUCAGUAAUAUGCGGCCAAUCCCAAAAAGGACCACGUCCUUUUGUGGUUGUGAUAUCACCCAGUCAGAUAUCUGGCAGAGUUUCUCAGGGUCGAGAGCGGUGCAGGUUCUAGAUUUUACGUGCCCAAGGUAAGUCACUUAGCGUUAGGGAAAACGACCCUUCUUCGGGUUAAUCGUGAGGCCUACAGCCUGUAAAUUGUGGAAUGCCUGACACAGAUUGUUGAGCAAGUGACUGGCGGACUUGCCGUGAGUAAUGAAGUCGUUCAGAUGCAGGAAAUAGGACCAAGAUGUGAGGUCUCGGAGAACGAGUUGCAUCAAUUUUCGACAAGUGACGAUGGCGUUCGUGAGACCCAUACACAGUACUAAACUGACUGAGGCUGAUGGGAAGAAUGAAAACUGUUUUGGACGGUCUUCUGGUCGGACCUUUAUCUGCCAAUAACUAUGUGAGAGAUUAAGGACGGGGCACUUCGAAAUGCCGGCUAAUGCGUCAAUAGUGUUGUCCAUACGUGGAAUCGGGAAGAAGUCGCGCACAGUAAUCUUAUUCAACUACCGGUCAUCAAUGCACACCCGCAGGUUGCCGUCCUCUUUCUUAACUAGAAUAACCGGUGCACCCAAUGAGAGUUAGAGGGUUCUAUGAUCUUGUGAGAGGAUAUCUGCGAUCAUGCUAUUGAGUUCCAUUUGAUAAUGUAUGGGUAUACAACGAGGUGGUUGCUGUUGUGGUUGGGCGGUGCCGGUGUUAAUUUCGGGCUGAAUCAAACCUACGCGGCCGAUUGGUUGCCCAACCCAGAUGAACAUCUUCUGAAACGGGUAUAGUGUUCUUCAGGGCGUUACAGUGGGCGAUGGGGAUUUCCUGGCAUGUCAGCAGAUUGUCAAUCAAGUUCGAUUCUGUUGGUAGGGUAGUGUCGAGCGCAUUGGCAUCAGAAGUGAUGCUGGGGACUACUGGUGUGGGAAGCAGAAGUGUUGCAGGGUUGUUGGGGUCGAAGAUAAGUUGGUGGGCGCAGAGAAAGUCCAAUCCUACGUGGCACCUACGUUAAUCUCCGGUUACACUAGCAUGGGGUGUACUGCAGCGCAGUUGGUAAGGACAAUGGUGACCCGACGAAUGCCGGUGUCAUCAGCUGUAAUUAACGGAUGUGCGAGAGCAGAGUAUGUGACGGGACUGACAUAGGAUCGUAAGACAGAACGAACGGCACCAGUGUCAAUGAGUAUGGUUGCGGGGCUUCCAUCUGGAGCGUCGACGACGGUCAGCGUGGAAUCAGUGGGCUGUGGGAUGAAAACUGAGGGCACUAUAGCAAAGGAUGGCUUACCACGGGGGUUACUGUGACCGCAUUUGCAUACCCGGUCUUUGAACUACUGGCAGUACCAACAGUCUUUCGAUCUGUUUGACGUCAGAGGAAGGGGUCUUCGGUCGGGUGUGUGGUGUUGGACUUGGGCGUUGAUGGAUGCGGCGUGGGUGUCCUGGUGUAGGAGAUUAGACUCGAAAAUUCGCACACUUUGGAGGACUGUAAAGAGAUCUGUGUGGAUCGGACACGAAACUCGCGCUUGACGUCUUCUGAAUUAAUAAUCCCUGAAGGUUAAAAGGUCCUCCAGGGCCGUCCAUAAGUCACUGAAUCUUGGCGGCUGCUUUGCAGACAUAGGCGUUUAGCGGUUUCACCUAAGAUUCCUAAGACGUAAUCCAUUCUAUUCUUGCGUGGCAAGUGUAUCAGGUAGUGUUCAGUUCGAACCUGCCAGCCGGUAAAACUAUCUCCGACUUCGUAUAGCGAAUGUCUAAGGGACUCUACUUGUUGACGAUGACUGAGUAGGGAGCCUGUGUAGAACGGCAGUGAGCUGGUCAAUACUGAGGAGCGACCACCCGACGUGGACCGAGUACGAUGCAUAACUGAAAGAAAGACAGUUCAGACGGUUUGUGCGUGUCGUAGUCGCUGUGCUACUGCCUGCGAGGGUUCUAGUAUGAUCCCCAAGGCACAACGGAAUGAGCAUGUUCCGCAACCUGAUCGGUGAGCGCCCAUCUGUCAUAAUUGAUAUUCCCGAUCACAACCGACAGGACAACAGGCGCGUGGCUCAAUGGUAGAAUGCUAAACUUCAUGACCAAAGAUCACGGGUUUGAAUUUAAAGUGAUCCACAUUUUGGGUUGGGUAUGACUGGCUGAUGACGGCUAAUAAGCCAGAAAUGGCCAUUCCAGUCUCCCUUCUAUUUUUUCAUAUAUAUAUAUUGAUGCGCAUUGGCGCAGGCUUCGGCCAACCAUAGAUUCAAUUGUUCGACACGAUUAGAUAGUUAACUAUUUUUGUACAUAGCCCAAAAGUCUGACGACGAGCUGGGGAACCAGACUCGAAAAUUUACGCAUUGAAGGUUAUUCUCUUCCCAAAGAAUCCUACUUAUUUUCAAUAUAUGUAUUUAUAUCGGAAGAAAUAAGUUCCUUGGCAAAGAUAAACAAAUUUAAUUGUAAAUUUUCGACUUUGACUCCCCAAGUUGUCCUUAGACGUGAAGUAAGUGUGCAAAACGGUUAACAUUUGAACAUGCCCAAAAAUCGAUUUUGCCCUGUCACUCUUGCUAGCGUAAUUUUCUGGUUGACUAAUGUCUUUUCCACUUUUCCUUGAGGUUUUUGUACACAGCAUCCAAUUCCACGUGUCGUUUGAUGUGCGAGUUAUCAGAAUGGAUGGCCUCUAAAAAUUUGCGGUUUUUCUUAGAUGAGCAAACACCUACAAUGCGAGUCUUGUCCCAAGCGAAGUUAUGUCCUGUUUACAGCGUAUGCAUGUCAAUGUGGGACAAGUGGUCUCGCCUUUUGACGGCCAGUUAAUGUUUGCGUAUUCGUGUAGAAGCCGAUCUCCCAGUCUGACCACAGUAAACCGCAUUACAGGUGUUGCAUGCUAUCUUAUAGACGAGUUUCUUAUCUAAAUAGCCAGCCCUACCCUUAGGGUGUACAAGCUGGUCACGAAGUAUAGUCGUCGCCUUCUGCACCACAUGUAUUUGGUGUUUCCUCAGGUGUCUUUCAACUAGUUCGGAGACAUUCUUAAUGCACGGAAGUGUUCGGCAGUUUUUUUGGUUUGAGCACCUGAUCGUAACAAUCUAGUUCCUUGUCGUCCCAUUCAAUGGUGUACAAAAUAUCCAGGAUUCCCAUUCCGGGGAAACAGUUUGAACAAGCAAUUAAGUCCUGUUUGGCAGAUUUCGUUGUCAGAGCGGUGAGUGUUUGCUCGGUUAAGGAGGCUGUUCACGGCACUCCGUUUGUGAGAGGUCGGGUGAUUGUUCUCGUAAUGUAAAAGAAUUUCCGCAUAGGUUUCCUUGCGGUAAACUGAUGUGUGAAUGUGCUACCGUCAACGUCCUCGGUUGCUAUAGAGGGUCAAGACUUGCAGCUACGUUGCUCAAUCACAUGUCCAACGGUGUUAAGUUUUCUUUCUCUCCAGCCUGUCUGUCAUCAGUUUGGUCCUCUUAAUUCUCGCAUUUUUAUCGCGGCUCGAAGCUCAUAUUCUUCACAAUUCGUUGUUAAACUUUAUUUAAAUAAGGUUUAACCGCAAAUCAUCCCAGCUGAAAAUCUUUAGUCAUUACACUGAUAUGACAACGCUGCCUGUUCUGGCUUGGCAAUAUAUUUUGCGACGUGAUUCCGACCUGAUUCUGGUAGCGAUUAUACAUCACAAUAUUCUCCGGUUGUGGCAUACCGCUGUCGUUUACUUGUUAUUCGUAAGCUCGAGGCGGUUUCGGAGGGAUCUCCAGCAAACACCAACCGUUAACGGUAACUACCUCCCAAUUGCUUCCAUUAUAAUGACGUGCGCAUCCUCUCUCUGUUGUAAUGUGCAUCUGUAUCCCCUACUCGAUUACUUUCAGUCUCCUCGUUCCAAUGUCUCAAACAAUAAGGCAUACGAUCGUUAAGGUAGUGGAAUUUUGCAUUCAGGCCACACUGGGGUUCGCAAUCGUGACUCUUCCACUCCUGUGUUGAGUAGACUAUACCCCCUGUCUAGAGAUCUUUGAGUCACUGCCAGUCAGAACCCUCAGAUGUGGUCAACAGCACUCCUUAUUCGCCUUCCUUUUAGGAUUAUCAAGUCGACGGGUGGCCUUGCGAAUAUCGACUUGAUAGUAGGUGACUAUAUCGAGCUUGUUUUCAAGGCUUGUGUUUACAGGCCUAAGGCUUCAAAUUUUAUCGAACUGGCGCCUUCAUGCUCAUUACCUUUCCUUCUAGGGGUCCUGAAAACUCACCCCUUCUUACAGCUGCUUCGAUAACAUAACUAGCCCCAGCCAAACUGGGUUUGACUGGCAAGCUAAUGGGACCGUCCGCAUGAUGCUAACCGUCCUCCUGGGCAGGAGUGCUGCUGACCGAGUAAGACCUGCAAUCUUAGAAAAACUUCUCAGCUCAGGCACUAGACUCUGCAGUAAACUGUUGUUUGUUUCGUAGGCUUUAUCUUUGUCGACUACAUUCGAAAUACACCCAGGUACUUGGAGCAGGAGGUGCGAUGGCCAUGUGUGUACUGUUGUCAUGUUUAAAUCGACCUGGAGGAUUUACUCUGUGUUUUCGAGGACUUGCAGUCCUUGAGCCCUUUUUGUGAGUUAUCUUUGGUUUUCUCACUUUUUUUACACUCUCUUGGACGUCUCUCCCGUCAUAUGGUCGUUACUCAGCAAUGCCUCUGGUCAAACCUGACACAUUUUGUCAUACAAGGUUUCAUUUUACUAUUCCUGUAUAAUACUUCGUUUUUAGGAAAUUGUCCAAGUCCUAAUGACGCCCGUUUAACUGCAAUUUGUUUUAUUUUUUUCUUAGUUUGUGGCUUCCCGUCGAAAAACAAUGCUACUUAAAAGUGGCUUUUCAACGCACAACUUGCUCGUGACAUUCGGCCUCCUUAUUGUAUGUUUGUACGUGAUCAUCUGUCCACAUAAUAAAGUCGAAGAAUCUUUCAACACACAAGCUAUUCAUGACAUUAUCUAUUACGCCAGUAAUGUCUCUCAGGUAAGUUCCUCCUCAGUAUACGUUACGCUUGUAGUAUGAUCACCUAAUCUUUCCUGGAGCUGUUCCAAGGACGUUCCUGGGCCCCUUAGUUCUUUCCCUGUUUACCUUUCCAUUAUCCCCGUUUCUUUUAAAAACCCGUAUUUACGUGGUGGGUAAGUAAACCUUUGACCACUACUUGUACUCCUAGCACGAAUCUGUCUCGGGAUACUUUCCCUCAUGGGAUUAAGCGCUUUUGCAAACACUGUGGGACAACGCUUUGGCAGCUCAAUCGGAAAUCGCUUCCUGCUCAUAACGGGUCUCCAGUUUCAUGUCAUGUUCUAUGCGUCCCGAUGCCUCCCAAACACAUUCGCAUUUCUCCUGGGUUCGUAUUCUAAUUUUCCCUAUGCACUUCUUUUAUUUGAAUUUUCAUCGUCUUAUUAUAGUUUUUGAGGACAGAAAUCCUCUCCGAACUUUUAUGUACAUAACGUUAUCAUUAUGGAAUACUGGAACUUUGAUACCGUAAUUAGACUCAAGUUGUCACUGGAUUCGCAACUCUUUUUGCCAAGGGACGCCAAAGAGAAGGUGCUCUCAGAAAAUCGGACUGUUAGCCUCAGGAAUGCAUUUUAAACAUUUGAUUUUGACGUGACUGUAUUUGAAAAAGUACUUAGCCACCCUUCCGAGACGCUCCAGUUCUUCAAACAGGAAACUUGUUACGUUAAGCCUGUCCUCAUUUCGAUUAAACUAUUAGUCUUGACCAAUCUUACCAAGUUGGACUGUCGCACGUUGCCUAUAUACAUGUGACCGGAUGAAUCAAUAUCUUCAUACUAACCACCAGACAUUGUUCUACUGUGCUUGGACUUUGAAAUCCAUGCAUUCUUUCUGUAUAUAGUAGCUUUUUUCUUACCAUUGUUCUAUCGAAUUUUAAAAUACUCUUACUGCUUUGUAGUUCUACGGUCCUUGGCUGCACUUCUACAGGGCGCCGAUUUGCUCUUCAUUUUCCUCUCCGGCCUCGCUAUUCUCGUGUUCCGAAGUGAACUCAUGCUUUUUUAUGGACCACUGCUACUUUAUGGACUUUAUUUCAAAUUAGUUAAAAUACGACGAGCGCUCAUUCUUACGGGUCUUCUGACAACUCUUGGAGCCGUAUGUAAGUAUCUUUUAAUCGCCCACAAAUUCGCAGUAUUUUUUUGUUAAUGUCACGUUUGAGUUAUCGGACAUGAGUAGUACAACUCGCCGAGGACUAUUCUCCUGGUGAUUUUGGCCACUUUUCGGCAUCACAUGAUAACCCAGCACAAAAAGAUUUUAUGGGGCUUUUUUGCUUGUCGAAUUUUGUAAUACUUUUUCGACUACUUGGACGCUAGCUUUUUGCCCUGCGAAGUCGUACCAGGCAUCCAGAAUUCGGUGGUGUGUCAUUGAUAUAUCUCCGUCGCCCUCGUUCUGAUUUUGUCUUUCAUCUGUGUGUUGAGACCGAAUUCCGAAUGUAAUCUUAGACUGGUACCCUAGUUUAAUGUGCUAAGGAUGGAUUUGAAAUAAGCGGCCUUUCCUGCUCAAAUACAUAUAGACGAAUAAUUGUAUUUUGUGGUCUGUGUUUACAUCUUCAGGAGGGCAUAUCUGUGCGUCUGCAUAUUGCUGGUCAUUAUCCGCGUGUCCACGACGUUGACUUCACGGUUCUCCUGUAUGGUGUGGAUAGCCAUUUAAGACAGCGGAUCAACUUACCGAGCAGCCCGUUUGUGCUUCCGUAUUCGCAAGUUGUUGUACUGUCUAGCCAGUAUAGUGGCAAGGACAGUCGUGACAUGGAAUUUGACACUGCACCCGAUUGCUCACCUGCGUCCAGUCCGUCCUUCAUCUGCAAGACUUAGGUACGCACGGUAACUGCCGGACAAUGGGCCGUGCUCACACCAAACACUGACGCAAUCCGUUUUUUCUGAAUAUUUCUCAUAUACAGUAGGUGCCCACUUCCCUGUUAUUCACAAUCACCCAUUUGUUAGGGCGGUCUUCCAAAGGGUAGAAACACACUACAGUGAGCCUUCUACAGGACCUACGGCUUCUACGGGACUAAUUAACGAGGAAAGGCUACCAAGGUAACUUUUUUAACCUUUGCCUUUGUACUCGUCCAAGAGGGAUAACUGGGAGAGUGCCACGAACACCUAGGCACCCUCCACCAUGCGUGCGAAAUGUAUCAGAGACAAAUAGACCCGUUGGGUAUCACCCAUCGUCCGGCAAGUAUCAUUCGUUCUACAGCUAUGCAGCUGACAAAGCCGACUGGACGCAGGUGAGCAUUCGGCAAUAGUGUCAACUUCGGUGUCGCGAUUGUCCUUGCCGUUAUGUAGGCCAGAUACCACAACGGCUCAGCUCAUGAAUCUGCGAAUGCAAACGGGUCAUUUGGAGAGGCGAUGCGCAGUCUCGGGUUGCCACCCAUACUUUGGAGGAAGACUGCGAAUUUGAUUUUGCGGGCACGCAGAUAAUGGUGCGGACUGCCAAUAGGGCAGGACUACAGCUGCUGGAGGUUUUGAUAUCUGACCUCAACACAAUAAACAGACGCAUCGAUAAAUCCCCUUCCUUGUCACACGUCAAGCUCAUACGACGGAAUGGCGCUGUCCAAUUCCUAGCCCAAAAUGCACGCGAUCAUCGCACCGCGUGGCCACUCCCAGGCAUUGUCAAGCUGCUCGUUUUUUGUUCUCACCGCAUACUCUUCGAAGAUGGGCAGCUGUACGAGUCCAAAGCCUCAGUUUAACACAGCUCCUCUUUAGAUGAUCACCUGUUCUUCAUUUUGCAGUGGCUAUUUUGCCCAAUUCAUAGUUUUCUUGUGUUUUUAAACUUCUACAAUCACUCCAUAUAUCCACAGCUUUUCUUCUUCGGAUUAUUGAAUAGAGUUAUCUUUCUGUUUUUUUAAUUACCAAGGCCGAGUCUCAGUUCAAAUACCAUAUUUCUUCUCUGCUCCUUCGUAGGCACUUCCGUGCUGGUGGACUCAUUCUUUUGGCGUCGUUGGCUUUGGCCGGAGGGUGAAGUCUUCUAUUUUAACGCGAUUGAGAACAAAAGCAGCCAGUGGGGUGUAUCCUUUUUCCGUCUUGUUUUCAUGCCAAGAGAAAAAAUACUAACUUGCUAGACUGUCCUCAAGUAGUAGCAAAAUGCUACCCCUAACCGGGACCAUGUCGCCUCUAAUGAAGCCGGAAUUUUCUCAGAAACCAACACUUUCUUUAAAAUACUGUUGACACAUGUUUUCCGGGCCCGACGAAGGGUGCAGGCUGGUUGAUGGCGUCAAAGCAGCCGGAAAUGGUCAUUCAAGUUUCACCUAUUUUUGUUGACAUGCCUCUUGUUAUGGGAUCGUCUGCAAGACAAGAUGAACUAGGUCGUGUUUCGUUCUGCAGUCAGAUUGAUAAACUAUUCCCGCGCGCCUGAAAGUCCCAGACCAAAUCGGUAGGGUAUAUCCCCGUGACGCAAUUAGCAGUGUUUUGACCCAGAUUCUCGGUGUCCGACAACCUAGUUUUCAAACCACAAGCUUUCCUGGUUGAGUGAAGAUGUUUAUUCCUAUGGACUCUUGCGCGGAGUUUUCAUCAUAAUUACUUUGAAAAUGACAAAUAGGAUUUGCCGACAAAUACAGGCAGACCGAACGGCUCUCGUCUGUCAUAUUUGCCGUCCUGUGUCCAUUUGCAGCAAGAAGCUUUAUUUAUUUUAGGCAGAAGUCCCAGUCUUUUUAUGGUUUCAUUUUUACGACCUGUUGAUGGUCGAUAUUUCAGGUCCCCAUAUGCAGGAAGUAUACGUAGUAGGUAGUGAAUUGCCAUGCUCUCAGCCCCAUCCGGUCACUCCAGCCAUGUUCAAUGCCUGAACUGGAUUGUUCGGUCAUCGCUGAACAUCUUUCAUUUGGUCUGUCGUUCUCGCCUACUAUUGACUUAGUAACUCGUUCUAAGAAGGCUUGUCAGUAAAUGGCAGGAAACUGGAAUGGUUCUUUUCGGCCUAUUUAUCACCCUCAGCCAGCUACACUCCGGAUCAAGGAGAUCUGGGAUUUAGGCCCAAGUCGGCAGUCCCAAGCUUCAUCACUAUCAGUGAGCUAAGUUUUUUUCGGCAGCAAUCAACAGUGCAUAAGGUCACAUGAAAGUGACGCUUUCCGACGGCCCAAUUUCAUGAGCGAAUGCAACAGAGGGAGUUUUGAUUAUUUCCUUAACAUCUUAUUUGUAGACGCUCCCUUUCUACUGGUACUUUUUAAUUGGCCUUCCCAAAGCCCUGAUGUCUACCACGUUCCUCGUUAUAUCGGCCAAUUUACUUAUCCUAUGUAACAGGCGCGUCCGGAUGCGGUACCCGACAAACUUGCUUUUGGGCUUAGAAUUCUCCGCCAUCAGCUUUGUUCUGGUUUACUCAUUCCUUCCACACAAAGAGUUACGUUUUGUUCUCUACACUGUUCCCAUAUUCAACCUUGUGGCGGCCUUCCUCUGGGACUGCGUGUAAGUUAUUCCUAACUUGGCGUUUUAAUGAUUUGGGAGUAUCUACUACCGACUAAAAGGUAGUCAUACAUGUCUUAGUGUAAAUAACUGCUUUCGGGUCUGUUUCAGUUGGUUUUUGUACGCUUACUUUUUCGCACCCACUUUCUAGAUUAGAGACAGCUUAACGGAUUUCAUAUUCAUAGAAGCCAGAAGAAGAGGUGAACAUAAUUAUUUCCUUCAGCUGAUCUUCAAAAAGGGCUAUUAUUCGCCUCGCUUACCACCGCACGCCUCUUCGAUCAACACAAUAGUGUUGUGUGAACCCUCCUGGGAUCUUACCACGUGGUCUUUAUUGAUUGUGCUUGAGUCACUUAUGUGACCCCCUGGGCACGUAAUAACGUAACUAGAUAUAUUAUCUAUUUUUUCGUAGAUUUUUAUUCAUUUGCUUUCGGCAGCGAACUCCACCAGAAGAUACUUUCUAUUUAGCCCGACGCUUUUUAUUUGCCCUUUCAGCUAGCCAAACUAACGACUAGGGAGCAGGCCAAAACGGCUGACUUUGGUGACCGUGGUGAAACUAGUUGUCUUUUUGCACACAGAAAACUGGAAUGCUAACAGUCCGAAUAUCGGAAAUAAUGUCCAACAAACUAUUCAAAAAUUGUAAUUCGGCCACUUGAUAUUCUUUAUCUCGGCCGUGAGGAGCACAACUCAGGUGGUAGACGUCUCGGAACCGGGUGAUUAAAUUGUAGAUAGGAGCUCCGAGCUUGCUUCAGGACAUUGAGAUGUUGGAUGUUCAGAAGCCUCGCAUGCACCAUCACCAUCCUCUCCCGAUAAAUGCGAAAGAUCCGCAUGUUUGCAUUGUGGCCUCCUUUCAUGGCAAGUGCCAUUACGCUGGGACGCUUGGUUUGAGUUAAUUAACAAUUUAUGAUUAGCCUUAAAAAAUUGAGCUAAGAUAAUUUGCAACUUCAAUUGGUCUAUUCGUACAUAUUUUCUUCUCUUGUCCCUCACUCGAAUCUUUUACCUUGACGCCAUUUCAACAGCUCCACGUCUUAUUACCAUUUAUCAGCAACCUUAAAAAUUCCUGCGCCAAGUUACAACGAGCCUCUCUUUGUCCUGGAAAUAGAGUAUCCUGGGUGGAAUUUACUGCAGGAAAUGCGUUCAGACCCAAAAUAAGUGUCGAAAUAAUCUGGCGGGACAUAUACUAGAUAUUGACAGUUUUAAUUAACGUAAUAAUUUAUUAAAAGACGACCCUCUUUAACUCCCUUCUGUGUCGCUCUGAUUUGUUCCAGAAAGCACAGUGAUUAGGAUCUUCGAAGUACAGAAACGUCCCUCUUAGUCUCUUAUUCCACCAAAGUGCAUGUUUCCUGCCAGGAGUUUCGUAGAUAAAAGCUACCUAAGGGUGUUUCUAUGGCUUCCUGCCGCGUUUUUCAGUCAUGCUGACCAGAUUUGCUGCUUGGUGUCUGGGCUAUUUUCUUUUCGCUCACUACCGUCCUUAAACCAAUCGAAAAUGUAAAUGAGUGUGAUUUGGUAAUGGAGAUAAACAUCCGCCUCCUUUUUUUCGAGUUAGACACGCAGGCCCCACUGUUUAAUCACAUCCUGUAGACUUCAGUUUUUGCAGCCAUGGGGCAAAACCCCCUCUAUGAAGCUGUGCAAAGCUCGUACGUGGCUGUUUCGUAGCUGUGUCCGCAUAAUCAGGUAAUACCACAGAUACCGCACACACGCGGGCAAGAACUACAGUUUUGCCUUGUCAACAAAUGCCGUUUUUUGUUUUUCACCUCACAUGUAUCGUAGGUUGCCCAUCUCAUGAAAUGUUGGCUGAAAUUAUUAAAUGUGUUUUUAAUUAGGAGCGUUUACCCGCGUGGAAGUAAGAGAUUGAUUAUUGUGUAGCAUAGUCCCGAAGUAUCUCAGUCACGCCAGAAUGCCGGCCUUUGAAUGCGUUUCUUUCCGACCGUCCGCAAAAGCUACGUUCGGCAAAGUAGCUGCUUAAGUAGUAUGGCUUUUGCCACUGAUUUUCGAUGCCUUUAGAAACUCAACAUGUUUUAUAGAAAUCAUGCACAGAAAGAGUAUUGUUCUCCUUUGAUACCAUAUUAAGUCUUCCUAAGUUAUUUACUUGAACCAAGGGUCUUUCACUUUAAAAAAUUUAUAAUUACAGUGCGUGACCGAUCUCAUGAAAUGUUGGCCAAAAUUCUGGAAUGCGUUUCCAAUUAGGAAGGAUUACUUAAGUUGGGUUGUUAUCCUGAUUAUCAUGCGGCAUAACCCUAUAACGUUUCAGCCUCGCCAGGAUGUCGGCUUUCGAAUGCACUUCUUUUUGACCUCCAGCAGAAACCACACUAGGUAAAAACUGACUACUUAGGUAGCAUGCAUUUUCCUGUUGAUUUUCGAUGGUCUUUUUCGAUGCUUUCUUUUGCUCAUUUGGAAAGAAAUCAUAUUGUCUUCACAUUUUAUGCCGAAAGUGUGUAUUUAGGUUUUUAAAAAGUUUCCAAAUUCCCGAAUAAUUUUCGGCCUGAUCUGCCAUUGCAUCAGCGUUUAGCAAUUGCAGUCUACAAGGUGCACGCUUUCCGCGUAAGGAGAACCAUAUAUUCCUCUAUGUCUUUAAGAAGAUACCACAUAGAGUUCAUGGACUUUUGCAAUGGAUUCGGACUGCGUUGUACAUUUCAUGAGGGGCAUUAGUAAACGGACAUGUGCGGUCUUGCAUGCAUGGACAUCGCACGGUCUUAAAAUCUCAUAAUUAGAAACUUGUUAAAAACCUGAAUGCACACUUUCUUUGGGCAUAAAAUGUGAAGACAAUGCGAUUUCCUUCCAAAUGAGCAAAAGAGAGCAUAUUUUUGUGCAUGUUUUCUAUAAAAUGUAUGUGAAUUUAUAAGACCAUGGAAAAGCAACAGGAAAAUGCAUGCUACCUAAGUAGUCAGUUUUCACCGAGUGUGGUUUCUGCAGGAGAUAAAAAAGAGACAGUCUCCCUUGUCUUUGUCGGUAAUAUCAUUCUGCCUAUAUAUCAUGCGCCGCUGCGCGGCUGCUGGUUGGGCUCGAGAGAGAGCCCCUAAGGCACAACGGAACGAGUGAGUUCCGUAUGAACGAUCGGUGAGCGCCCCCUAACAUAAAAAAGAGCAUUCAAAAACCGACAUCCUGACGAGCCUGAAAUGUUAUAGGGUUAUGACGCAUAAUAAUCAGGAUAACAACCCCACUUAAGUAACCUUCCUAAUUGGAAACACAUUCCAGAAUUUUGGCCAACAUUUCAUGAGAUCAGUCACUCACUGUAUGUGACCUUAAGACCAUUCGGCAACGAACGGAUGUGUAGUCCUACUUCGUCCUUUAUGGAAUACCUAUUUAUGUCAUUUGGGUAGGGGUGUUAGUUUACGUUUCACAAGGCAGGACUGUGAAAGACAGUAUGCGACAAGGAAGCUUGCAGUCCACCAGCCCCCUUUACCGUCACUGUUUUAAGAGUAUUUUAGGGCUAGGAUAACGUUUUGGUAUCUCGCCUGCAGUUUCCGUUUCGGCAUCAUGGUCCGCGGUUCGGAAAUAACGACCAUAGGCAUAGCAAUGUGCUCACAUCCAACACGUUCUACGGGUAGCAUAUACUUUAGCGUUUUCCCAUGACGCUGCCUCUACAUUCACCUGUGCCAAUGACAUUGCACUUGAAAGUAAACAUAUCCGCCUUGCAUGACCUAACUGCCACGUUCCGUCAUGCACCGUGCGACUAGACCUUAUUUUGAUAUUUUCACGGCUGUUCGCUCUCAUGCAUUUUGCGUUACCUUUCCCUUACCAACAUCAACAUUCGCCUGCUGUGUGGUUGCUUAUACUGCAGGUUUGCACAACGGUCGCGAGGUUGACAGCAUCAAUGACUGCGCUAGCCUUUCCGUUUUACCUACGUUUCAUCAACUACCAUUACUCCAAACCCGCCCGUUCGGUGUCGUGUCGUACUUCAUCCGUCAAGUUCCUUUGCCAUCAUCUGCGUAAUACUUUUGUAUUUAUUGUUGCUGCGGUUUGCGCGUGUUGUUCUGGCAAGCCGGGUUUCUGUCCAGGCUUUUAUCUUCCCGUACACGUUUCAUACUCCCGGUGAUGGCUAACUUCGACCAUCAUCGUCAUGCGCUGCCUGCUUUCGUUGCUUACUUAAUUCUGACAGAUAAUAACGCACCGCUGCGAGUUUCAUACGGUAACUUAGGUUUCCUCUUGCAGCGUCACGUCCGGCUUCGGGGAUUAGUGGAACUGCUUCCCUAUUGAUUCUUCCGCAGACCCGCAACUUCACACCCACCGUCCUCACACAAGGGCCGUCGUGUGGUGUUCACGGCGCAAUUGUUCGCAUUCGCCGUACUCGUCCUCUCUAAGUGUUCCCUUAUCCUCAUUUCCUCUCGUUUCUCGGCUGACUGCUUGUCAUUUUUACCGUCGGCAUUCGCAUGGCGUUUGCUCACUGGCCUUCCUCUUAGGUUCCUUAGGGUCACAGGCUUACGAUACUUACAACUUACUCAGUGAAUAUCGGCAGUUUUGCCUGGCUUCCGCAUUUGGCUACCCAACCAGAGCGGUCAGGCAGUUGCCUCACUUUGGUAUCCCGUUGGGGGUUGGAGUCAUACAUCAUUCACCUUCCACGGCGCUUUUGAAACUCAUCAACAUACAUACAUAGGCCAAUUCGACUCUCAUCGGCCAGGAAACUACACACACGUACAUUACCUUCGCCGUAUCGGCUUUCCGCCCCUCCACCUUUAACAAUCCCCUCUUUACUACGUCAUUGUUUAGGUCGGGAACAAAAUUGGGGCAUCACCAAGCAUACGUUCGCUAUUAGCAAAAAUAAAACAAUAUUUACUUCAUUAGAGAUCUGACGUCCAGCUUCAGUCCCCGUUGGUUAUCCGGGUUCGCGGUCUUACCAGGCAGGACUUCUUGGGCAUGCGCACUUUACCGACGGCCAUUGGGUUCGUCGUUCUUUUUGCCUGGAUAGGCGCCCCCAAAUAUGGCCGAGUAAGACCUCCUAUGCCCCUGGCAGAUCCUCUGCCCCCCGUCCGAAUCACAAGCGGUAUUGUACUUCAUCCGGUUGAGCCCAUACAGCUCGACCAAGAGUUGAUCCUGCGUCACGCGAUUUCCAUUUCAGUCGGCUCCCUUAGUCCUCCACGGUGUUUUUUGUUGAAUCUGGAAUAGUUGACAGUAAGAUGGUCGUAUCCCUCAGACGGGAGGUGGGCCUUAGGCCUUUCUUUCAUCGGCGACGAUAAUGCUGCUUUUCGCCAUCCAGUUGCACACAAUCGCCCUCGGCAAUGGCCAACUUCCACCAUUCGCCCGCCCAAACAGGGCUUUCCUUUGAACUGUGUCGUGCAUACAUACUAACUGUCCACCACUGCCUCUUCUUUUUUACUACAUUAUUACUUUCCCCUACUCAGUAGAGUUUCGUCUCCGUAGACUUCGAUGUUGGGGCCUCCGAGUUGCGUCACUUCUUUAAGGAGCGCUUUGGAGCACACAUUCCGCCAUAUGCAGCAGCACCAGUCGGCUGCAGUACUGCGGUUUAUUCCUACUGUAACUGCGCAACGGUUGACCCAAAGUACCGUCUUCGGAUGCAAAGGCGGUUUUCAUAACCUUGCAUACCGUCAGCCUGCUUUUCUCAGACGCAGAACCCGUUCACAGGGCCUUCUUCCGCCCGCAGUGGUUACAUUUAAAUACAUAUCCACCAGUGUACCGAGGGAUACAUGCUGGAUCAUGGGUCGGGCGCAGCGGCAUCUAAUUCUCCACGGCAGCAAUUUCUUGCUCUGGCAGUUAACCCGAGUUGACUGUCUGCCCAGUUUGGUUCACUGGCGUGGGCGUCUCUACCUGCCACUCUCUGUGUGUUUGCAAUGCGUGGUUGUAGGUGUUCUGGGAACAGGAGAAAAGAGGAAUUGGCGUCAGAGAAGACCGAGUUUCUUUUCACUAACUUGCAUACAAAUGGACGCCUUACUUCACCCAGUUUGUUCAGCUUCCACGCUAUAGAAUUACAAAAUAGUAAUUAGGCAUUCUCAGCAAGGCAGAUUCCUGGCCGUUCUAUUGGGCUUACCUUGCAUUUUGAAUAUGCACAAGUUCACUUGGAACUUCGUCGACGUCCACGAUGAUAGUCACAUUCUACGGAAUGACCUUGGCAGUCGACUCUUCACUCUGAUUAACUGCUGUGGGUUGGGAUAAAUCCACUUAUGUCAGCCGACUAAUAUACCCUGUUUUCAUGUGCUCCGACCUCUUACUCGGUCGAGGUUUAAAUUUUUCUAAACUGCGCGGUUGUGUUCUUCUGGUCUGCUGAUGUUAGUUCGCCUUUUGCAGUCUAAUUGCCUUUGCGCAUCGUCAUCCUACGCCCCACCCAGAGAACCACGAUCAUCGCUAUCCCCGCAUUCCAAGGGAUCGUUGCAUAACAAGUGUUGGAUGCGACCGCACAUGCAUUCGUUGCCGUCCUUGUCAAAGAAUCUCGUCUGUGUCCGUUUGUUAAUGCUUGUUACCAAGUACACAACAUGGUCCGCAUCCGCUGCGAAAUUUUUUGAGCACUAUACGGCAUCCUCUUGGUGGUAUAGAGUAAUAUAGCGCUUUUCCUUGCAUUGAAAGUAUGCAGUUUUUAGACUGGAAGCCGUGGAUCCAAGUACAACGGCAGAUCGGGUUCAAAAUUAUUUGGGACUGAAAAAAACUUUAAAACUUAAAGGCCCCCUUUCUUCGACCAUAAUCUUAUAAGAAAAAGGGAGUUGCUGCCAAAUGACUUCAAGGAAAUAUUUCGCGCGUGUUUCCUAUGAAAUAUGCUUGAAUUUAUGUGGACAUUGAAAGUCAAUGGAAAAAUAUCUUACUACUGAAAUAGUGUUUUGUUACCGAGUACAAGUUUUGAAAGCGGCCAGAAAAAAGGCGUAUUAAAAAGCCGGUAUUAUGACGUGACUGAAAUAACUUAGGUUCAUGCUGCAUGGUAAUCAUUAUUACAACCCUACUUUCGAAGUCCCUUCCAAUCAAAAACGUAUUUAGGAAUUUUGGUUAGCAUUUCAAUGAGUUUGGUCACCUACCGUACCCUCCCCAAUUGAAACAAUAUGGGUGGUACGGAAUUUGUCCCAUCCUACGACCCAAAUGCUGUUAACCUAACACCCAAUGAGUCAGUUUCUCGUUCUUCCCAGGUUUUUCUCAUCCAACGUAUUUAUUCCAGAACUGCAAAAGUAGACGCAUAGGUGUAACGGUGUUUUGUGUGUUUUUCUAGAGAAUCUAAUAUCGCUGAACGGCAUGCCGGACAAAAGCACAAACAUGAUUCACCCGCCGGUAUCGCAGGCGGUGGUCGUAUGUUCUCUUUUGCCAGAAGGCUGACUGUCCUACUCUGUUACCUCCAUCUCCUUGUGAAUGCAACCUUGACCCUUGCGCUUUUAUUCUGUUCCGCUCACAACUAUCCGGGCGGCGAUGCGAUUUCCCAACUCAAUUCUUGGCCGGAGUUGGCACACAGGAAAGGUAAGCUGGUGGAGCUACUAACUUCCUCCUUUUAUCGGACAAAGUACCCCGUCAUGCCAACAGACCUUUGAGGCGGUUCAUUUCCCAAACUCCGGAUCCCAAUAUUAAUUACUAGCCAUAUGUCAUUUGGGUGUCUGAAUAGCUAGGUGUAAUUAAAACCCCGCUGCAAGGAGAUCAGUACUGUUGGAGAAGAUAAGGCGGCUGAGACGAUUAGGGACUUUCCGUGCCAAAGGGUGCGGCACCGACUAAGGCGACCACUUAGUUGGGAGCGCUGUGGCUUUGACUGACAAGUCUUUUUUUAGGAUGUUCUGGAGACCAGUGAGAGUCAGUCUUGGGUGUUUACUGAACCGUGACUGCACCCCUUAUCAGACUUACAGUUAAUGCUGACGACAGUUACUUACUUGCUAUCGACUUUGCUGUUUAAUCUUUUUGCUACCCACAGGUGUUCACGUCUUCAUCAGCAAUCUGGCUGCCCAGACGGGUGUAAACCGAUUUCACGAAGUACACCCCACAUGGAUGUGAGUGCCUUUUGUUUUCCCGUUUGCCAUCAAAAUGACACCCUCCGCGAUCCUUCUUUUUUGACCUGAUACAAGGCAAUGAAGGAGGAAGUCCUAUGUUGCACACACACACGUUUUGCUCUGCUGCUCGCGCAAAACUGCAGAGUGGGGACACUUUCGUUUCUGUUCACUUCUCAGUACUGGUGUGGUUGCGACAAUUGCCGUCGGAUGCAGUAGAUUCCAGGCACAGGCGCUUUCUCUACCUUCAAAUGUGGAAACCCAUGAAGCGGUAUCCCUUCAACCAGUCUUACAUUUUAUAGUUGUGCCAGGCAGGCUGUCUAUGGUGUUCAAAAUCUCACUUGGGUCGCUCCCACCUAAAGCGCGUGACUUGCUUCCACCGGGAGUGGUGCUGGUGAUAGAACGUCACCCAAAAACGUCCCGCUCUUUGGUCUAGCCAGGAGACAUUUCUCAAUUGAUGUUACCGUCGCGCAGGAGUCUACUAGUGACCCCAGUUUUGCGCCGAUCGGUGCUGUGUCAGCUUAUUUGCCCUCAAACUUUUAGCCAUUAUUCGAGGAGCUGUCCCGUGAACCACUGACUGAAGUUAUUUUCGAAGUACUGUCAAAUGGCAAAGACUACCUUGACGAGGCUCCAACACUGGUUCAUGCGAAGCACGGUAAUAUGGUUUUCUCUGGCCACUCCCAAGUCGCCUACAAAACUGCAUGUUGGAAACAGGUGGCUUCUUAAAUGCCACAUCUUUUCCAUCGUUUUUCGAGGCUUCUAUGAAACCAAUUAUUCCGCCAAGACAGAGAAAGAAAUGUCCCCUUAGGUAUCAGUCAUUUUUGGACGCCACGGAAUGUAGAGAUCAUGAAUUCUCGUAGCCAGAGAACUUCCGUCCAGAGGCGCAGUUGGAGCGCCAACCUCUUGAAAUUCACUCAAGUGCUUCGUUACCUGAACUGCCACGAGGCCAUCGCCGCUGAACCUACGACAUUUUCUGGUCUGCAGUAAAAAAUAUGAUUGGCACCUAUUCGAUCUUCACAAAAUAACAAGGUUUUGGUAAGGAUCGGGUGAGGGUCCCAAGCAUUUGUGGCAUUACCUGCUAUACUUAUUUAAGUAGGUUUUAGUCCGACACGAUUACUUCGGUUUGAUGUUUCAUCGUAAAGGGUUGGGUCGUCUGUUGUAGACGGUCUGGUGCAUCAUCUACAACGAACUCAGCUCAGAGAGUUGAGAAGUGAUCGUUGUGGACACUUAAUGUUUAUUUUUUAAUUGUCCUGUUUGAUUUUGGUUGCUAUAUGCCCGAAAAACUGAUUUGCCAAUUAUCUAUACUUCUUUUGUCAUUCCUCUAUGCAUACAUAGGCCCCGCCGUAAAACUCCUAUUACCACCUUUCCCGUAAGACAGGCACCUUUGGCUGGUCGUGUGUGUGUGUGUGUGUUUGAGGUCCUUUACCUGAUCGUUGUCCAAGGUUUGUCUGGGGAGAAGUUCCCUAUGUCCUUUAUAAGGAAAUUGGCGUGCCUGAAGGUCUAACUUUAAAAGACAGUGCUAUUUAUAGUAGUAGGAAUAGUGCUGCAUAAGUUUAUUCGGCGUUUGUUUAAUUGUGCAUGUAGUCAUACACCCGCAGUUUGAUUUACCCUGCCCACAAAGGGUGUCAUCUGUUCAAAUUGUUUUUGAUAUUUUCUAAACUCUAGGUUGGCCUUUCAAAUCAGUCCAGAAUUGCUUGUGACUGGGCUUUAAAUGCACUUGCAUUUAAGAGCGAGUAAACUUACAUCCUGUGUCAUGAAGAUGCGUUAAUUUAUUAACCCUUUUGUAGGAAUAGUUAUUCCAUUAGUACGCAUUCGGCAUAAUUUCCCAUUAAACAACUGGAAAACGAACCAUUUUAGUCCUUUAUAAUAAUAGUGCAGUAAUAUAGUAAUUCUAAUGACAAUGAAUAGUAAAAGGAAUGUCUACUACAAAAGCUGCAAGAGUUUUGGUUGUGAUCACCACUGGAAGGAUUCACGGUGCUGCUACGUGUUACGUAAUUUGAGCUUCUUCUUCAUGUCCAUUGACCUUACGACUCAUCUCUAGUCGUUUAUGCUGUUUGGAGGUAUAUUUUAGGGAUUUAUCGGUACUUUACUAGGUUCAGCACAUACAGUGCCUGCGUUCUCGCCGUCAAACUGCGUCCUGAUUUAGUUUGAACAACAUCUGCCUGUGGUGCGACGUGUAAACCUUCAUUCCCACUGACAAUCCCAUCAAGUUUCGCACAUUGAUGAUAGAAUUUAACCCGUAGAAGGGGCCAGUUCUAUAAGCCUUCCAAUCACCACGAAUUUUUCCGCCUCCUAUCCUAAGCACUCGUGGGUCCGUAACCCAGUGGGUGGACUCCUCCUGAGGCAACAUCAGUUAAAAACCCCGGCUCCUUGGAAUACGACAGUUACUGCAUCCCUAGCCAUGGUUAGUUUCGAUGCAGAAAUCAGGUUGAACUAAAGUGCCCGUGGGAUUCCAUUCGGUUUUUUGCAUUAGCAUUAAUAUUUGACUACCCUGCAAUAAGUUGAUUUCUUCAGUGGCCCCUCUAAACUCCACUUUUGCCCCCCCCCCCGCCUUAGUCCGACAAUUGGCCAAAUACUACAGUCUCAAAGGUUAUAACAUUUUAAUACGCGUACUGGUGAAAUCAUUUAUGAAGAAGGUUGUAUUUUCCUCUGAACCUUUUUGUCUGUUUUUGCCUUUCGUCCAAAUGUCUGACCAACUUUAAUUCAUGUGCCCUUACCCAUAUGUAGAUAUAACAAGACAGAAGGUCUAGAGGAUGAUCUGGUGGCUCUUACAAACGGUCCCUUCACGCACCUUAUCCUAGAGACUGCGAAGAACCGUGUUCCACCAGGCUUCACACGCCUCUUCGAGGUGCGGGCAUUUUCGGGUUUGGUAUUGGACUGGAGUAAAUCUCGUCUUUUGGAAAGAUUUGGCCUGAAGUUUGCUUCCGCUCUCAGCGUCUACGAGCGAUCGACUUUUCCGACCAACUAACAGACAUUUUAUUUUAUAAGCAUAAAUAUCUUUUUGCCAACAAAUUCUUGGGAAUUUUCUCUACCUAGACCAAAUGGUAUUUGAAUGCUGGAAAAGUUUCUUCAACAAUAUGUUAUCAUGUGCGAAAGUAUUCCGACAUCUGAUGUCGUCUGAAGGUACCGGUCGAUUACAACGGGGUCAUCAUGCUGCUGUUUUUAUCCAUGAUCUGAGACGCAACAUAUGCAGACUACGCUUCUUAUGCACACUUUUUGCAAAGUGCCCUCUAUCCCCUGGAACUGGCGUACACUCAGUUCGUACCACUUUUAUUCUUCCCAAAGAUGAAGAGUAGUCUCCCCUCGGAGGUAGUCUGUGUCAAGGAUGCUCUUAUCCGCCAGAAGACGUUUGUCUAACGCAUUAAGCAUUCGUGUCCUCAAACACUUGACUGUGUACUCACUGUUCUGGCUAACUUGUCAAAGCCAACUAGCUCCGUCUUCUGGUUCCGAUUGUAAGGCCUGUUAACGAGGUCGCGAGGCAACCAUUUAAACGAUGUCACAGAAGGCACGGGCAACUUGGGAGACUUGAGUUUUCGAAAUCCUCGUGUGACGGGCAAAACGGAAGACGGAAGACUGAUGAGCACCUUUCCUAAUUUUGCGGUUCAACUCUGAUAGUUGUGUUCUUUCUGAGACCACAAGCUGGAUUUCUUUGUCCGCCAAGGUAACAUCGUAUGUAUUGUUACAUAUUCAUGACUGCUUAUGAAACACGACAGGAGACGAAACUGUACGCCUAAUGUACUACUAAGUUUGGAAUAAAUCCAGGUCUUGCUGUCAUAUCCGCCCCAAUGAAGAUCACUAAGUUUCGAAAAAAAGGAUGAUAACACUUACACACAGAAAACAGUCCCAGAUAUUGUACUUGAUACGGCUGCGAUAGUGCCUGACCUAGCCGGCCUCAGUGAUGCCACGGACUGUACCUCUCCACGCGUGACGAUCCGCGGCAGCAGAUCUGGACAGCUUAACCCAUUCUCUUCUCCAACGGCGGGGACCGAAUACCGAAGGUCCACGAACUACCUCCACCUCUUGACGAAAUGUGUCGAGCCAGGUUGUGAGUUGACCGCCUCUCCGACGCCUCCAAUCAGGAAACGGUGCCGGAUCGAGGGCAGGAACACUGAGCUCCCGAGGUGGACUAGGAGGAACAUGCCCAAACCACCUCACUUGUCUUUCUUGGAUGGCCUGAGUUAUCCUUGCGAUGUUGUCGCAGCAAGCGCGGACUGUCUCAUUUGAGACGAAGUCGGUGUACUUCACUCAAAGGGUGGUCGCAAGCAGUGGUGAUCAAAUACCUGUAGUUUUCGCUCCUCCACGCGCAAAGCCCAGCAUUCAUAACUGUAGAAAAGGACAACAGUCCCAGAUAUGUGCUCUUGGUGCAUCAAUUGCCUUGACGCCUGCACUCACGUCACUGGCGGUCGUAGCUUUAUCAUUCGUGUUUGGUGAUGGACGUGGUAGUUACUCUAUAGUUUGGCUCAACGACGUCGUUGCCGGAAAUGGCCAUCAUCUUUGCCGUCGUCGCAUGACCAGUCGUCCGACUCAGACAAAGACUCUGUGCAUAAUAGAAAGAGUGGAGAUCAAUGCGUUUUUGGUUGACGGGGAGCCAGGGAACCACAACUCACGUGGUCGCCGUCUUCUGCCAAGUGCUUGUUGUGGACCGGCAGGUAUGGUGAUAAGCCUACAUAGUUGCUGUUCGUCCGUGCCGGCCACCUGCGCUUUCCCGCCUCUGGUCUUCAUGACCAUCUUGACAGCAGGCCCAGGUAGGGGAAGAGGGGGGGGAGUGCGGUAAAUGCUGCGCAUGUCCACUAUUACUUUAAACUAACUCUCACGCAAGUCACCGUGUCUGCUCUCACCCUGCUGCGGAGCACACGGUGGACACCGUCGGUCACGACGGUCGAACUGUCGGUUGGAGGGUUGUCGGGAACGCUUCGGUCGGUGGCGGAAGUGGCGGCCUUUGUCGUCGCCGCGGAGGUUUGGUAGGGAUAAUGAAGAUGGCGGUGUUCGACGGCGUCGGGACACGGGAAUUUUGAGCAUCGGCGGUGAGGGUGGCGGUCGGGAAUAUUAACUUAUACCGGAAGUGCGUUCACGACUGGGUUGCAGGACGGACCCAAUCACAACCGACAGAACAACGGACCGUGGCUCAAUGGUAAAGAGAGUUGAACUCAACAACGCUUUGUGUCCAAUGAACGCGGGCCCGUGACUAUGGUGUGGCAGAACCUGGGCCUGGGUAGUGCUGGCCGGCGACGGCUAAUAAACCAGCAAUGGUUGUUCCAGUCUCCAUUUGUCUUCUUCGAAACUCCCCUCAACAUGUGUAUGUGUCAGUUGCUCCCGGGAAUAUCGGCUACUAACUACGCCCCGUAAGCUGAUCAGUGAGCACAUCUCCACCGCAGUUAAUAUUUCCGAUCGCAGCCAAUAGGACAACGAACCGCAGCUAAAUGGUCGACCGUUGGACCGUUUAAUGCUCAAUGACCAAAGAACCCUGCUUUAAAGCCCAAGCCAUAUAAACCUAUGGUUGGGUAUGGCUGACUGACGGUAGCUAUUAAGCCAGAAAUAACCAUCAUAGUCUCCCUGUCUUUGUUGCUAUUCCUAUCUACUUUACCACCUGUCGCCGCACAAGUGCCUGCGACUGCCGCACUAGAAGAGCAUGUCCCAUAAUACAACCAGUGUAUGUCUUCUCACCAUAGCUAAUAUUCCCGAUCAUUACCGACAGGACAGCAGGCCCGUGGCUCAGUUUUUAAUUUUUCAAUGGCUGGAGUUCGAGCUCAAAUCCCGGUCAUAAAACCUUGGUUGCUUGUAUCAUAUUCGAGCCGAAAUCGUCAGUUACGGCGGAAUAAACGCGCAAUAUUCACACCCUACCGCAAGCAGUCAGAAGUAGGCAGAAACUGAUUGAUUUGCCCUGCCCCGUGUGCGGGGGUAUUAAUUAAAGUCCUAGAUACAAUCCGUUAGUUCUGUUGCAUCCUGUGCCUGUCGGUCCCACCAUUAACGGCAUCGCCACCACUACCAACUUAAUUGCCGCAAUUCGAUCACGUCCUUAUUGACACUGCACUUUUGCAUCAUGCAUCGGCCUGAUCGGUCACUUACGAAUCCAUUGCAUCGAGACGACGGACCACAACCUUUAUCGCCAGCACACACCUUUCGUAUCCGCCUAACUUGCCCACACUGACCGAAACCUAUCCAGAAAUAAGCGCCUCCGUGAAAACGUGCAGUAAAACAUCGCGACCAAACUUCAUCAUUACACCUAGUCUCAUCAGCCCACACAGAAAAAGUCUCAACACCACUUUCAACAUGCACAGAACGUGCACCUCUUACACAAAUGGAACGCAUGUCCCUUCCUGUGUCCUGAUGAGUGAUUAGGCACGUGUACGUCACGUGUACAACACGUAGACGACUGUUGUAGCCCUGUCAGCCGACGCACUUAACCCCACAAUCAGCUGAUGGACGGAAUAGUACAGUCGGCUGGUACACGGGAAUCGGAGGUGAGUGUAAGGUCGACACAGAAAUUCAUCCCCAUGGCACAUCACCGCAUACCCCAUUGUGAUUAAUUAAAUGCACUUGAGCCUGUCACGGCGCGCCGUCAGUGGGGAUUUUGGAGGUUGUCAGCUGACAGUAAUUCGAUCCUCCUCAUAACUGAGAUUCUGGCUGUCAUGGCUCCUCCUAAAUGUGACCUUAAUGGUGCUACCACGCAUGUGAAAUCAAUGCCGCCCUUUGUGAAAACCUGGGACUCCCUUUGGCGACCCACCUUUGUCUGUCCUGACAUUGUUUUGGUCUCGGUGCCAAGACGGAUGAGGAAGGAGAGCCUGUGGUAGAUGUUGCGCAAAUCCGUCUCUUCGCAAAGGGAUGGCCGUGGUCCUCGUAGUAUUUUUAAAACAGUAUAACAAUAGUUGCUUCGAUUGCAGCGGUGCUGACUUCAAGACGGAGGUGACAUAUAAUGAGACUGUUCUCAUCCCUUGCUCACUUGUAUCUGCCAAACAGAGUAGACCGACUUCCUGGACACAGUUUCAGGAAUCUCAGCUUCUGGAAUAACCGAUUAAUCAGUUUGCACGUAGCAAUUCUCGGGGCGAUCUGCCGGGUUAGGGCAUUUUUCUUAGAAAGUUUUAAGAGAUCAUAAGAUUGCUUUCGCAUAGGCUACCUAUUAUCGACUAUGGCUUUGCUUUUCUCUAGUCAGGCUGGAAUUCUGAUUGCCUCCUCGACUAGCAGCCCCAGAAAGACAGACUUACUAUUUCUGUAGGAUUGUCGAGGCAUCAGGUGAACCAUGGCUUUGCUUCGGUAGGUCCCUUUUUGAAAGCAACAGUUGACCCUUCCCCCUUUUCAAUAGACGUAAUGACUAUUCCGGUAUCAUCUCUCAGCUUCCCUUUAUUGGUUUCUUGGGAUCCGUAUCGGAUCAGACCGUUCUCGCGCACAUCCCUUUGAAGGUGUCAACGCUUCAAUCGAAAUCAGUUGAACAUAUGACACGCGCAGUCUAAAGCCAUUUUCCCUUUUCGGCCUCAACGUUAUUCUGACUCAAAGGACAGCAAUCCAUUUUGAGGAACAUCAAAAGCAAAACGUCACAUUCUCCUUGCAUUUUGCCAGCAGCUAUGACGGUGACAACAAAAGGGAAAACGAUUAACCUCUUGUGUCAGUGUCUCCUAGUCUGGCCUUACAGAAGCACCUGCUCAGCCGAGCGCAUUAACACGUAAAAAGUUACAUGAUGCACUAGUUGAAUUCUAGUCCCUUUUUCGAGCAACCACAAACAGGCGUGUGCCCUGCUAAAUUUUCCGAGCUCAUCCGUUAACGUGCUGUAAAAAAAUUCUGUGCGCGUUUCUUACUAGCCUCUUAUAUACACGUAUUUCUCGCGUGCUAUGGAUGCGCAGUGCUAAAACCGUCCCAGUGUAAAGUGGGUCACAGUUUACUGCUCAUUCAUGGGAGUUUAUUCCCUGACUGCUUUUUAAAUCAAUUUUGUUUAAAUCUAGCAUCCUAUAGCCUGGUAGUUUAGACUCACUUUUUUACGUAUUUCGAGAGCACUCUCAAUAUCGCCCAAUGACGGCAAAACUAAAUAAAUAUGACUCUAGUGAUAGAACUCGCCGCUCAUAUUGAUAAUACUAGUAACUCGCUUGUUUCGACCUCAUGCCCCUUCAUCCUCGAAUUACCUGUUCAGUUGUGGAAGCAUGGUUGUGUGUGUAGGCUUGGUUUCAGAUCUAGAGACCCGAUUAUCAUGAUCGCCCCUUUUUAGUCGAAACCAUUGGCCCCAACACUGUCCAUCAAACAACUGGAACUAUAUUAUUGGGAUAAGAGAGGACGCACUGCGUUCUAAAAUGAGGUCGAAAUGGAAAACGUCUCUCUGUGGACUAUGUGCCGAAACCCACCUUUUCGACCCCCAAUAAGGACAAAAGAUAGUUGACUAAGGGGCAAGAUUGGGGACGGGUUGGAGUUCAGACGGGGAGGUCCUUUGGGAGUGACUGGCUGGCCUAGAGACGGCCCUUGGUUGAUCUGUGACAGUUCGCGUCUCCUCGCCCUCCCCUUUCGCCACGCUGCUUUCUUGUCCGCCUCACACUCCUUGUCGAUACGCUUCUGGGACACGCGAGGCUUGUCAUUAGCCUCGCGUGUGUUCGAAGCCAAUCAACGCUGUCUCCAUUCUGAUUAACUGGCGGACGCGGAGACAACGAAAGGCACACACACACGCGCUGGGUCUGAGCACCUCGAAGGCGGACACAGACAACAACUUGCUUGGAGCGCGCUCGCGACGACUGCCUACAGAGCCCUUGUGUACGCACUUCCUCAGGCAGUAAAAGUUGUCCAACUCACUCCGUCUUCCCUGACUUUUGAUUGGGAAUCUUUAUCUUGUCGACCACACCACUUUCGACAGAUCCAGCAAGCCAGAACGGCGAUAACGCGUAGAGGCGUCGAGGAGGCGUUCCUCAGUCCGGGGUGGCGUAACAUCCAUUGUCCUCGGUAUUUGUGGGGCCUCCAGGCGAUGCGGAUAGGUUUAAUAAAUGAACCAGUAGACACAAUUAAGUAUGACAGUGAAAGGUAGGAGGACGCAGGAAAUUAGCCACUAGGGUGAUCGAGGCCCCAAACUGUCAUAUGGGGUAGUUUUGCAACGGCCGAUGGGAUUAAGGCUGGAAGGUGGUUAGCGCGGUGCCGUUGUGCCAGUGGGUAACUGGCAACGCGCUAGGAGUCUAGGGUGAAUAAGUCAAAAUCAGAUCAACCUGUGCCUACAUCUCUACACUAUGACUUAAAUUACAAACCGCCUCUCGCAAUGACCAACUGACCCCGGGUCCACAUUGCAAGUCUCCCAGACCCUGGGUUGAGAGUGUAGUUAGUUGAACUAGAACCACAAAUAAUUUGGGAAGUGGUCAUUCUGGUCUUUGCUGUUCCUGUCGGUAUUACUGACAAAAUUACUCCAUCCCUUCAGGACGGCGAUUCAGACUGCAAUGGCUCCUUUGUAGUGUAGCCCCUAUGGCACUCUCGGUUAUUUGGAAUCAGAACAGUCGCCUUCGUGUUUAACCGAAACGCCUGUCCUUCGUGUGUAGACCGAGCGUGUGUGGCACGCGGAGACAGACUGUCUGCCACUGCUAGAGAUUUCGCCUCCGAUCUUCUUGAGUUUUUCUUGACACUGGAUUCAGAUGGGUGAGGGAGGGAGAAGAGAGUGCUGUAGUUUCUGCAAUCAUUGUAACCUAAUGCAUCCGUAAGCCACCGUCCCUGCGGCUGCCGUGACCCAAGCACAUGGUCGACAUCGUCGACAGCAACAGUCGAACUAUCACCUCCCUGUUCGUAAUACUGACUAUGUACUAAGUCUAGUUCAAAACUGUUUGACUGAUCGUAGUCGUUACACAGAUUUCCGAGGGGUAAAGGGCAAAUUAAACUCGGAGGAGCGAAAAUUAAUGUCUUCUUGCAACCAUCCUGUCUCAAAUUGUAGUCCAAUUCUUGUGGACAGUAACCCGAAUGAAUUUCGUUGAUAAGUACAACUAAUGUUAUGCCAAAACGAGGUCUUGAUUCGAGCAGACAAUGUGCGAGCCUAUUUAGUGCUCCAAGCACCAGUCCGCAGGCUCCGGGCACACGCUCAAACAAUUUUGAUUGCAAACCUAGAUAUGCUAACUCAGUUAUCAAGUCCUAGUUCCGUCCUUUGCAAAUGACAUCAUACGGAUGACUGACCGGAAUUAGAAACGUUCGCGAAAUUGACUUGACUUAAACAAACACUUGCCGAGUAUACUGUCUCCAUAGGUUUCGCAAAGACGCCUGCAAAGGCCUUCUCUCGGUACUGAGACUUCUUGUGCAUGACUUCUCCACAGGACAUGUUUAUCCAUCGCAUGUUUUCUCACACCGAGCCGCGAUUCCACCUCAAAAAGACUUUAAACUGCAGAUUUUUAAUUUCCUCGGAAUAAAAUCGUUAACUUGAAGCCAAUCAGUCUGCUUGAGACUUCAAGGCUCAGACUUGAAUUUGAUAUGAACACUUCGCUGAAGUCCAUCAGUCACAAUGCCAAUAGACAGCCAGUAAUAUAUACAGUGAGUGACCGAUCUCAUGAAAUGUUGGCUGAAAUUCUGAAAUGCGUUUUUAUUAGGAAAGAUUGCUUAGAUGUUGGUGUAAUGCCCAUUGGCCUGCGGCAUAAUCUUAUAUUAUUUCGGACUCGGCAGGAUGCAAACUUUUGAAUGCACUGCUUUCCAAUCUUCUGCAGAAAGCGUACUGGCCAAAAAAUGACCACAUAAGUAGCGUGCAUUUUUCAUACUGAUUUUCGAUGGUCUUGCAAAUUCAAAUAUAUUUCAUAGAAACCACGAACAAAAAUAUGCUUUCUUUCAGACGUUUGAUAGAGAAUCACGUCAUAGUGAAUGUCACCCACUAUUAAACGGUGUUUCACUAGAAUUCGGGAGCACUUCUGAAUCCCCAACUUAAUAUACCAGAGUGUCGUGGACGGCUUCAAGCUUAACGCAGGACUUCUACUCCAACCAGUCAGACACAAGCAGUGUUAAACGAGUCACGACUUAAUCGCCUCAUCAUUGUGACCGAAAGGCAUUGUCUCAAGCACCCCGGCUGAACUUGCAAGGGACCAGUAAUGACAAUAAAGAGCAAUUCUCAGUCUACAAAAAACAGCCGAAAUCUGUGCUAUUUUUAAGCAGAGAAAAUCCUCAGCAUGCUUAAAAGGCAGUUCAUUGAGGUGAAGGCAGUCUUCUGUCUCUACUGACGACUCCCCGUAGGGAGGCACAAAUUGGGAGUCCACUGAUUAAUGAAAUAUAGAUGGUCGAGACAACUGCGUGUGUGUUAACUUAGAGUCCCAUGAAGCAUUGAUGUCUUCUAUUAGCAUAGCUGGCAAUUGUUUGCGUACGCUGAAGGAAGACGAACAGUUGGGGAGUAGAUGGGGACAAUAACACACAAAAUCCUAAGCCAAGGCCACUCAGAGACCGCCUCCAGGACGCCAAAUUGUCCCCUCAGGUGAUCUGUCUAGCUGCUGCACAGAAGAACUGUAUCCUGCAGCAUAACUAACAGUCAGUUGAUUUUCCUUAUCGGUGCUUGAUAGUUAACUGUAGGAAGUGCUGAUUGGGUUUGUGAUGUAGUUCAAAAGUAUGUGAUGUCUGUCUCUCCGGCUUUCAGCGAAAAAGGAAGUUUUAAAGUCAGUCAGAUGAAAAUUUGUUUUCGGCGUUGUGUAUGGCUGGCUGCAAGUUGUCUUGAAUUAAAAUAGACUCAGAACCCACAUGACUCCCACGUUUUUGGUAAUGGGUCUUGAGGCCUCUCUGCAAUUAACCUGUCAUCUGUUUAACACUACGCGAAGGACUCAGGUCAACCCGUACUGAUCCCUCCUUAGUGCGAUCUUCAGGUAAUUACCCCCCGGGUGAGCUUCAGGCUGAAGUAUUCCGUGAAGUCAGCAACAACCUCGCGAUUGUUGUGAAAGCUGUAAAAAUUUCGAGUCGGUUCAGGUUUAUCUGAGUCACAGUUUAAUGUAACCAAUUUUGCACCUAAAUGGCUACGCUCGUCGCUUCCGAUGUCUAAGCAGCCUUGCGCCGUAAAGCGCUGCCUAGCCCUGGCAUAGAGGAAGAGGCCAGAAAAUUUGCCUUAAAAAUGCGUAGUCUGUAACAACUGCGCAGGUAAUCAGAGACAUCCCGACAACUUGUAACACUUGCACACUUCUAACUAACCCAACGAGCCGUCGACAGGAAGGGAGGUCACCUUCUGCACGCCAAUUGGCUAAGUAGAAGAUGGGCGCUGCCCUCCUCAGCGCGACCCGGUUCUCUGAACCAAAAAGAGUAAAAGUGCUGCAUGUAGGAUUCACGUUCUUUUUAGUCUUCAGUCAAAGAAACAGCGAGAUGUCGAAGUCAACUACGCUGCCAGAAACAACGUCCGCGGGCUACGUUGAAUCUCCAACGAAGCCUACACCCGCCUGAUACCAACGUGGCUCAUCCUUCACGAGCCGGCGCAUACGUCCACCCCUUCCCAAAUGAAAACUCACGACGAUGAAAUAAGCAAACUUCACGAAAAUCUGUUUGUCCUACCCGCCUCCGUGCUGAGAUUAGGCACUGAGGAUUAGGAACAGAUUACUUCAUGUUCUGGUGACGAUGGUGAUACAUGUUGCAAAUCGCUGAAAAGGUCUCAUCCCAUUCAUCCUGACCACAAAGCUGCAAAUUCAAAUAUGCAGGUGACCCCAGGGUAAGAAAGCACAAUAUAAACUGGAUAUAGCAAUCAUAGACUAAAUUUCAUACGGAUGGAUUGAGCCGGCCAUAUUAUCGCCACUGAGGAACAAAUACAAGUCCUCGUGGCUGAAGAUUUUGGCAGCAGACUGUGAGAUGCCAUUUACCACGCGGCUGCGCAAAUCCUUAGACUCGCAUUCAGAAAACAGUAGGACGCCCUCAAAUACAAAAAAGGAGAAAUCCUGCGUCUCAUCUUUGAGAGUAAUCAGUUUCAUAGUACAUGCAUAAAGAACGACUCCCGUGAAAAAGACUGCUGUCUCUCGAUGCCGAAGUCAAGUGCGACAGAGUUUGCGAUGAAUAAAGAAGAGCUACUUGGCUCCUAAGGUCAAAAAGCCCACGGAUGUACUCAAUAUGGUAAACUUUAGAACGGCAGAGACCGGGUUUAUCAUGUGGUUCAAAUACAUGUGAUGCCCGUCUCUCCGGCUUUCAAUAAAAAAAAGAAUUCAUAUUGACAUAGCUGUGAAAAACUCGGCGCCUCGGUGGGAUUCGAAUCCAUGACAGUAAGGGGAAGGCUUAAGUACAGCUAACGCUCUAACCACCUGAGCUACGAGGCCCCGCCGGACGACAUCUAUGAAUUACGCGUGCCUGGUAGUCACCUGGUGGAUUCUAGGUUAAUUGCUUAGGAAAUCCUGCUUGGGCAGUCAACUUACUGUAUCGGAUUUGGUGGAUUUCAGACGUUGCGGUAGGUUUGGUGGGUAAGUUGACCCAAAUGUGAUUAAAUUCGCGUCGUCCGGUGUGGCUUCGUAGCUCAGGUGGUUAGAGCGUUCGCUGUACUAAAGCCUUCCCCUUACUGUCGUGGAUUCGAAUCCCACCGAGACGUCUAGUUUUUCACAGUUGGGUCAACGUGAAUUAUUCAAAAUCUGCCAAAAAAUCUAUGAAAAAAGGACUUUUCGAAGUCAUUCAGAUGAAUCUUUGCCUCCGACGUUGUGUGUGGCUGACGGCAAGUUGUCGUGAAUUAAAAUAAGCCCAGAAUUCACAUGCCACUCAAUUUUUCGGUAUUACACCUUGAAGCCGGCAACAUCUGGCGGAACGUGAUUAGUGACUGAUAGGAGCAAAGAGGCGAGUUCCAGGAAGUAGUCGCAAAAUAGGAAACAUGAUAGCUGGUCUGUCGGACCGUGAUAAACUCGAGAACUGCCAGCUGGCAUAGGCAUGUAGCGGCUUAGCAACUACAUCCUAUAAAUACUGCAACACCCGUGCAAGUCACCACCCUUAUCUGACUCUGGCCCUGAUGAUGGAUUCAAGUGAGAAUCCGAAAUGUUAGGCUAAUAAAGCUCCUGUUCCAGCGAUCGUGUUUCCCUUUUUGUGUUAUUAGUAACGCCUGAUGAUGAUGAUGAUGAUGAUGAUGAUGAUGAUGAUGAUGAUGAUGAUGAUGAUGAUGAUGAUGAUGAUGAUGAUGAUGAUGAUGAUGAUGAUGAUGAUGAUGAUGAUGAUGAUGAUGAUGAUGAUGAUGAUGAUGAUGAUGAUGAUGAUGAUGAUGUAGGCUGCUGGUGGGUUAGCUCCGCAACGGGAGGAUGGCGCGCGUCGCCGACAAUGUAA